AUGGGUCCUGUAGGGAUGAUGGGUUUGCCAGGACCAUGUGGACUCAAGGUAACUGACCUACUGCUUUACUCACGUCUACUGUACAUGCUGUUACAAAAUGUUGUAAAUGUAAUACAAUGCAGGAGGUGUCAUAAUUUCUCUCGGGGCAACACCAGGCCUGUUUGCUCAUCUGUGAUUGGUUAAAUUUCAGGGGGUACCAGGAAACCCAGGGGAACCAGGACUGAAAGGUGAUAAGGUGAUCUGAAUACCUCAUUAUUAGCCUACUGUAUGUAAAUAAACCAUGCUAUCAGAUCAAAUUAUGCAUGCAAUAUAGUCUCGUCCACUACCUGGCUCUCUGGGGAUGAGGUUACAUGCGCUAAAACUACAGACAUCUCUAGCAAUCUGAUUCAGGAACAGUUUAAAGACUUUCCCAAGCCUACACGAUGACACUCAUCAUCAAUCACUGCAAAUUUAAAGCAUGGGCUUGCUAUGUGCUCCAUGUAUCACACAUAUGUAUAAGGUACUGAGAAAUAUGUGCUUUUCUUAGUAAAAGUGCACACAUACACAUGCUGUACUCAGCCAAUAACAACGGCAGAUGUGCAGUGUUCCUAUGCAGUCGACAGGUCACCAGAUGACAGCCUACUGGCCAUACUGAAUCUGCCCGACAGCUGGCUAUAGUACUCAUCAAUAGAGAUGAGGAUUUAUAGUGUACAUUUGUUAGUGUAUUCUUAACCUUCUAACCUGUCUCACUCUUCAGGGUGAAGUUGGUCUUCCAGGAGAGCAAGGAGAGAAUGGAUUCCAAGGUGACAAGGUAUUUCACUCCGCUACCACCUGACAGAUGGUGCUGAUGUUUGUCGUUUGAGUCUUUGUGUCUGGGGUUUAACUGUGGAUAACUUAUUUUCACAGAAAUGCUCUCAUUGUUUUACAGGGUAUCCAGGGUUCACCUGGGUUGCCAGGCAUUCAAGGGAAACCAGGGCCACAGGUGAGUCCAUUAACCUUUAUAGAGACCUAUCUGUGUACCUGGGACUAUGUAAAGUAUACUACUAGGUUAUCACUUUUGAAAUUUCUCUCCUAGGGGGUGAACGGUGACCAAGGACCUGAUGGUAUACCUGGCCCUCCCGGCCAAGAGGUAAGGAUCUGUGUGUGGGUGGAAAGAUUACACAUGACCUAUAUUAUCUUCAUGUGAUGGAUUAUAUUCAACCUGUUCUCUGGUUGUCCUCAGGGAUUCCCAGGAGACAUCGGCCCACCAGGUCACAAUGGCCCUGAAGGCCCAAAGGUCAGUUUACAGGCACUAUUUUUCUGCAUAUCUAGUAAUGCACCAUUGUCUUAUGUCAGAUGGUGCGAAGAUUCCAUCUUCACAUAGUUCAUGGCAAUGCGGUCGGUUAGAAUGACAGCAUCUGUCGGAAAACAAUGGUUGUGUACUUAGCAUCUUCAUUUGGCAUAGUCGGCUGGAUCAAGCACUUCUAUGAGCAAUAGUAGCCCUUAGUGUUGAGAAGUGGUCUGGGAGGUUCAGUUGGUUUUUAGUGAAUACCAAGAACAGCGGUUGGCAAGGAGCAGGCACAUGGACCAUGGAGGCCUUUUCUGGGGACCGUGGUGACUGCUGGGGACCAGUCCUGUUUUAUUGCCAAUGGUGCAUCAUGGACAGCAACAUGGGGUCCUUACACAAUCUAACAUUCUGUAUCAUUCUCCUCAGGGGAAGCCAGGGAACAGAGGUUUACCAGGGCCUAGAGGAACAGCUGGACUAGAGGUGGGAUUGUCUUUAGUGUACUGUAUUUACUAAACAUGUCAAGAUCUAGUCUUAUUUUGGCUAUGUAUGUAGUAUGUAUGUAAGAGAUAAGACAGAAAUCUGGCAUUGUCACAUAGGCCAGUGAUAAUACAAAGUGUUUUUUAUGCACAGUACUUUUGUCCCUGUCUUGACCCUCUGUUUCCAUAUUGUUUUCCAGGGUGAUGAGGGGCCACUGGGACCACCUGGGCCAACAGGACCGGAGGUGAGUGCUGAUUGGACAGCACAAAACCAAAACAAGGAAAUCCGAAAACACAAUAUGGGUCACUCAGCACAUGAAAACCCCCAAAUGUCCACCUCCACCAUCCAAAAGCCUGUUUCAUAACAAUGACACUUCAGAGUGGGAGGCAAUUUGCUGCAGUCCAUGUUUAAAUCCAGCUGAAUCACUAUGAUCUGGUUAGCUAUAUACCAGCAGCCCUUGGCUAGCUUUCAGUCUAUUGUGCAGAAAAUCUAUUUUGAUAGAUGGCUCACUGCUUAUUGUGCAUUUGUGGCACCGGUUUGGUCAGUAAAAUUGCUGUGCUCUGCCACAUCUCCACAUGGUGCUCAUCUAUAAUACAAAAACAACACCAUUGGAUGAGAUGGGAUUAUAAAAAACAAAGCUUUAUGGUUUUAAACCAAUGAAAAUAAAGCCACUCAUUUAUGUACCUAGUCAGUUAUCCCAGUUAGAGAAUUAUGAUUUAUUUGAAAUAAGAAACCGUCCAAAUAUCUGCUUCCUGCAUUCAUUUUUUAAGUUGUUGCUUUCGGAACACAGCCAUUUUGCUAAACACUGAUAGUAAAUGUCAAGCCUUCAUUAAAAUACUGAACAAUUUAUUUAAAAUAACAUCAGUUGGAAUGGCUGUUAAUAACUCUCCAGUCUCUCUUGCCUAAUAUUUUGUGAGCUUGUUAAGUCAAACUCCUCCAAUGUAGACAGAUAGAUUCCCCAUUCCUUACUCUAAAUAAUCAUGAACAUCUGGAUAUAAAUGAGGAUAGACUCUCUCUUCCUCUUCUCCUAGAUCCAUUAAGCUAGGUCUGAAAGCCAAACCUCUGAUUGUGUCAGUCAGUGUAUGCAUCCCAAAUGGCACCCUAUUCCCUAUAAAGUGCACUACUUUUGACCAGGGGUGGCCCUAUAUAGGGAAUAGGGUGCCAUUUGGGACGCAGACAGUAGCCUUGGAUUCCACUGUACUGCAUCUUCCUGCAGAGACAUCCAAUUUGCAUCCAUCACAGCCUGAAUAAAGAGUUAGUCUGGAGUCACCCCAAGUUCAUACUCAUACAUCUGAGUAAGCACAUUAAAGAACAGAGGAUUCCUAACUGCCAUCUCCAAAAGACGGAAACCACAACUAACUGAAUAUACUAAUUCAAUAUUACACACAACACAUUUGAUCCCAUUAUAUUUGAAAGGCCCAGUGCAGUCAACAUUUAGUUUUUCCUGUGUAGCUGAUGAAACUAACACUCUAACAGUGUGAAAAAAGGUGAUCAGUGUUAUUCCCUGAUAGUUGCUGGUUGAAAAUACAAUACAGGACCUACUAAUCAGCAGUUUUCUUUUUUAAUGUGGUAUGACUUGCGGUACCCGCUUACAAAUUGUGGAUGGAAAGAAACCUAGUUCGUAAAGUACUUCAUUGUUACCCAGAAAUGAGUUCAUAUUAAUAUAAAAACGUCUGCAUUGGGCCUUUAAUGCUGUAAUGCAUUAGGGAACUUUGAUGCUGAAUUUGUUCAGCUUCAAAGUUUCCUAAUGCUGAUGGAUUCUAUUGUUGAUGUAUUUAUGAGUCAUUGAAGAAUAUAGAGUGGGAUAGUGACGUUUCAAUUCUCUGCCAGGAAAAAGACUUACGCAAAAACCCUACAAAAGUAUCACAGAUUGUUUUGCACAUUAAACUUUGACAAUAGCAGAAGACAUUCCACCAAAUUUGUGUAAAAGCUGAGUGCUUUAAUGGUGCUCUUAAUGUUUUCUUAUCACCAUAUGGAUAUUCUCCCCCACCCCCUCAACAAUCUUUACUCUGCCUCCACCCCAAUGGACAUUCAUUUAUUAAUCACUGCUACAGUUGUUAUGAUGUAUAUAGUGCUAUUUCUAUUUAGAUUGUUGUUUUUUUAUUACCAUUUUCAUUAUUUUAUUUCACUGUGUCCUGCAUGUUGGAGCUCGGAGCCUAAGAUUUUCACUGUACCCUGCUAUCACACCUGCAACCCUGUACCUGUGACUAUUAAACACUCUGAAUCUGAAUCUGAUGAAGUACUGUACUAUGGUUCAUGUUUGUUUUCUGUUCAGGGCAGACCUGGAAGGCAGGGAUUCCCGGGGGAAACAGGUCCCGAAGGAUUGAAGGUCAGAUCCUAUUAACAUGAUGCACCAUUCAACUGGCUGAGUCUCUCUCUCUCUCUCUCUCUCUCUCUCUCUCUCUCUCUCUCUCUCUCUCUCUCUCUCUCUCUCUCCAUCCACCUGAGUCUAUCACUAUCACUGUUAUCUGUCAUUAAACAUGGUCUCCCCUGCUCUCUCACUCUGCCUGUUUCUCUUUUUCUCUCUCUGCCUGUUUCUCUCUUUCUCUCUUUCUGUCUCUCUUUCUCCCAACCUGUAAAGUCUUAUUUAACUGUGUGUACAUUUGAUGUUAAUUUUCUACUACCAGGGGGACUGGCCUCUAACCACAUUCUCUCUGGCUGAUCUGAACUUUUAAAAAGUCUGAAUCUGUUAAUGAAUGCUAAUUCAGUCUUCUGCUAUAGGGCGAGACUGGAAUAACUGGAGAGGUCGGAAAGCUUGGAGAGAGGGUAAAGGCUUCACUCUCUCUCUGUUUGUUUACUUUACUCUGUGUGUGUGUGUACUGUGUACUCUGGGGGCAGUAUAUUUAGCAUAUGAGCUCUCUCUCUCUCUCUCUCUCUCUCUCUCUCUCUCUCUCUCUCUCUCUCUCUCUCUCUCUCUCUCUCUCUGUGUGAGUGUUUCUGUUUGUGUUUUUCUUUUGCCCCACCGCUCCGAAGGUAAUGGUGUAAGUACAGGACUUUGAUUGUGUCUUUUCCUGUGUUGCUCUCUUCAGGGGCUCGUGGGUUUCAUUGGUUCUAUUGGGGAGACAGGCCUCGCAGGAGAAAAGGUUAGAUGUGUAUCUUUACGUUAGACAUUACAGGAAAACUUCUCAUGUCAUAUAUCUUAUGUUGUCAUAUUAAAAGAGACACUGAUUCAUAUAUGUUAUAGUUCUACUUUCCCAGCUGGCAAAGCUGGUUGAAAUAACGUUAUUACAAACAGUUGUAAUCUGGUUCUUAUUAAGUAAUUUCAACCAGUUUUGCCUGCUGGGAUUGCUUCCUGUUGAUGUCUUGUGAUAUACAGUGCUUUCAGAAAGUAUUCACAUCCCCUUGACUUUUUCCACAUUUUGUUACAUUGAGAUUUCUUUGGUCACUGGCCUACACACAAUACCCCAUAAUGUCAAAGUGGAAUUGUGUUUUUAGAAAUGUUUACACAUUUAUUACAAAUUAAAAGCUGAAAAAAGUAUUCAACCCUUUUAUUAUGGCAAGCCUAAAUAAGUUCAGGAGUACACAUUUGCUUAACUAUUCACCUAAUAAGUUGCAUGGACUGUGCAAUAAUAGUGUUAAAAAUGAUUAAAAACAGACAUUGAAUAUCCCUUUGAGCAUAGUGAAGUUAUUCAUUACACUUUGGAUGGUGUAUCAAUACACCCAGUCACUACAAAGAUACAGGCAUCCUUCCUUCCUAACUCAGUUGCCGGAGAGGAAGGAAACCACUCAGGGAUUUCGCCAUAAGGCCAAUGUUGAUUUUAAAACAGUUACAUCGUUUAAUGGCUGUGAUAGGAGAUAACUGAGGAUGGAUCAACAGCAUUGUAGUUUCUCCACAAUACUAACCUGACAGAGUAAAAAGAAGAAACCUGUACAGAAUAAAGAUAUUCCAAAACAUGCAUCCUGUUUGCAACAAGGCACUAAAGUAAAACUGCAAUAAAUGUGGCAAAGAAAGAAUUGAACCUGAAUACUAAACGUUAUAUUUGAGGCAAAUCCAACACCACACAUCCUUAAGUAUAACUCUUCAUAUUUUCAAGGAUGGUGGUGGCUGCAUAAUGUUAUGGCUAUGCUUGUCAUCGGCAAGGACUAGGGAGUUUUUUUUGUUUAAAAAUAAACGGAAUAUAGCUAUGCACAGGCUAAAUCUUAGCGGAAAACCUGGUUCAGUCUGCUUUCCAACAAACACUGGGAGACAAAUUCACCUUUCAGCAGGACAAUAACCUAAAAUACAAGGCCAAAUAUACACUGGAGUUCCUUACCAAGAUGACAUUGAAUGUUCCUGAGUGGCCUAGUUACAGUUUUGACUUAAAUCGGCUUCAAGAUGGCGUAUUGAAUACACAGCGGUACAAAUCACCUCAAAAUAAAAACAUAAUAUUCAAUAUCAGUAAGUUAGACUAAAUAUUAACAUUUCAUAUAUUUGAGGGUAAUAACAUUCAAUCUGGAUAAUAACACAAAACAAAUUAUAAGGCUAGAGAAAUAUAUCGACAAAUAUUACAACAACACGCAACACCCAAACAUAGAUAAGAUCUUGCUACCAUGGAAAGGUAAAUACCUGUCUAUUUGUGGAAAAAUCACCCUGAUGAACUCUUUAGUAUUAUCCCAGUCUACCUAUUUGCUUAUGGUCUUGCCUACGCCUAGUGAACAGUUUUUUAAAUUAUAUGAGAAAACCGUAUUCCAUUUUAUUUUGUACGGCAAGCCAGACAAAAUUAAAUGGGCCUAUUUAUAUAAUGAAUAUGAAUUCGAAGGACAGAAAUUAUUAAAUAUUAAAGCAUUAGACCUAUCACUAAAAGCUUUAGUCAUACAAAAGUUAUACUUAAAUCUGAACUGGUUCUCUAGCAAAUUAGUAAGAUUGUCUCACCCAAUGUUCAAGAAUGGCCUUUUUCCCUUUAUUCAGAUUACAACCUCUCACUUUCAGUUAUUUGAAAAGAAAAUAAUCUCCCAAAUAUCACUAUUUCUAAAACAAGCCAUAGAAAGUUGUUUGCAAUUUCAAUUUAAUCCUCCAGAAACGACAGAACAAAUAAUGCAACCAAUAUUGUGGUUAAACUCAAAUAUACUAAUUUAUAAAAAAAAACGUUUUUUUUUGACAAAAUGUUUAAAAAAGGUAUAAUCUUCGUAAAUGAUAUCAUCGGUAGGACUGGUGGAGUUAUGUCGCACAUGGAGCUAACAAAAACAUAUGGAAAUGUCAAAUCACAUUCCCAGUGUGUCAGAAGUUUACAUACACUCAAUUAGUAUUUGGUACCAUUGCCUUUAAAUUGUUUAACUUGGGUCAAAUGUUUCGGGUAGCCUUCCACAAGCUUCCCACAAUAAGUUGUCAGGUUUGUAGGCCUCCUUGCUCGCACAUGCUUUUUCAGUUCUGCCCACACAUGUUCUAUAGGAUUGAGGUCAGGGCUUUGUGAUGGCCACUCCAAUACCUUGACUUUGUUGUCCUUAAGCCAUUUUGCCACAACUUUGGAAGUAUGCUUGGGGUCAUUGUCCAUUUGGAAGACCCAUUUGCGACCAAGCUUUAACUUCCUGACUGAUGUCUUGAGAUGUUGCUUCAAUAUAUCCACAUAUUUUUCCUUCCUCAUGAUGCCAUCUAUUUUGUGAAGUGCACCAGUCCCUCCUGCAGCAACGCACCCCCACAGCAUGAUGCUGCCACCCCCGUGCUUCACGGUUGGGAUGGUGUUCUUCGGCUUGCAAGUAACCCCCUUUUUCCUCCAAACAUAACGAUGGUCAUUAUGGCCAGAGGACAUUUCUCCUAAAAGUACAAUAUUUGUCCCCAUGUGCAGUUGCAAACUGUAGUCUGGCUUUUUUAUGGCGGUUUUGGAGCAGUGGCUUCUUCCUUGCUGAGCGGCCUAUCAGGUUAUGUCGAUAUAGAACUCAGUUUACUGUGGAUAUAGAUACUUUUGCACUUGUUUCCUCCAGCAUCCUCACAAGGUCCUUUGCUGUUGUUCUGGGAUUGAUUUGCACUUUUCGCACCAAAGUACGUUCAUCUCUAGGAGACAGAACGCGUCUCCUUCCUGAGCGGUAUGACAGCUGCGUGGUCCCAUGGUGUUUAUACUUGCGUACUAUUGUUUGUACAGAUGUACGUGGUACCUUCAGGCGUUUGGAAAUUGCUCCCAAGAAUGAACCAGACUUGUGGAGGUCUUGGCUGAUUCCUUUUGAUUUUCCCAUGAUGUCAAGCAAAGAGGCACUGAGUUUGAAGGUAGGCCUUGAAAUACAUCCACAGGUACACCUCCAAUUGACUCAAAUUAUGUCAAUUAGCCUAUCAGAAGCUUCUAAAGCCAUGACAUCAUUUCCUGGAAUUUUCCAAGCUGUUUAAAGGCACAGUCAACUUAGUGUAUGUAAACUUCUGACCCACUGGAAUUGUGAUACAGUGAAUUAUAAGUGAAAUAAUCUGUCUGUAAACAAUUGUUGGAAAAAUGACUUGUGUCAUGCACAAAGUAGUUGUCCUAACCGACUUGCCAAAACUCUAGUUUGUUAACAAGAAAUUUGUGGAGUGGUUGAAAAACUAUUUUUAAUGACUCCAACCUAAGUGUAUGUAAACUUCCGACUUCAUAUAUAUAUAUAUAUAUAUAUAUAUAUUUGCGAGAGAGAAAAAAACAUAUGGGGCAUUGGAAGUGAUGCAGACAAUUACAUUGAUGGAAGUUACAAUCUAUCUGCAAUAUUAAAGCUGAUCUACCCCCUAAAAAAAAAUUAAGAAAAAAACUUGACAGAGCUUCAACAGUUUUAAAAAGAAUAAUUUGCUAAUAUUGUACAAUUCAGGCGUUCAAAGAUCUUAGAGACUUAUCCAGAAAGACUCACAGCUGUAAUCUCUGCCAAAGAUGAUUCUAAUAUAUAUUGACUCACGGGUGUGGAUACUUAUGUAAAUUAGAUAUUCAUUUAUUUCAUUUUCAAUACAUUUGCUAAAAAUUCUAAAAACAUGUUUUCACUUUGUCAUUUUGGGCUAUUGUGUGUAGAUGGGUGAGAAAAAAACAAUAUUUAAUCCAUUUUGAAUUCAGGCUGUAACACAACAAAAUGUUGAAUAAGUCAAGGGGUAUGAAUACAUUCUGAAGGCACUGUCACUAUUACCCUGGGUUUCCCCUGACCUUGUGACCUGACUAGGACUAACUCCAGGCCCAGAGUUUUUCUAGUCAGGUCAUGUGUUCAGGAAAACUACUGGCCUUAUCUAUGUGAAACAGGGUCUUUAUAGUUAUGUUUGUUUUCCCAGGGGGACCGUGGGGAGAUGGGCUUGCCUGGACCGCCAGGGGAAAAGGGGGCGAUGGUAAGGAGUAAGUCUGGACCCCGUCUCUCUUCCCAGGGGCAUUCAACUCUAUAUGGGUAGGGUAAUGUUCCAUGUGGGGGUCUAGGAUUAGGGGGUAGGACAGGGUGUCAUGUGGGGGCUUGGAGAUGAGGAAUGGGGUACUAAGAUAGGUAUCAUUCUGUUUGAAAAGAGCUAUGUAUUGAGCUUGUAUAUCUUGUAUGAAAUUACGUUUUUGUUAGGUCAUACUUGCCGACUUCAUGUUGAGAUGAACUGUAGCGAGAAUAGUAUUUAUGUUGGAUCUAAGUGUGCAGAAGUUUCCAAAUAAGUUAUUUUUAUAUCUCCUCUCAAUACUCUAUACUCUACUCCCGAGUGGCGCAGUGGUCUAAGAGAUCCUGGUUCGAAUCCAGGCUCUGUCGUAGCCGGCCGUGACCGGGAGACCCAUGGGGCGGCGCACAAUUGGCCCAGCGUUGUCUAGGGUAGGGGAGGGAAUGGCCGGCAGGGAUGUAGCUCAGUUGGUAGAGCAUGGCGUUUGCAAUGCCAGGGUUGUGGGUUCGAUUCCCACGGGGGUAUGAAAAAUAGUAUUAAAAAAAAGGAUGCACUCACUAACUGUAAGUCACUCUGGAUAAGAGCGUCUGCUAAAUGACUAAAAUGUAAAUAUAAUACAAGCCUCUCAACUCAAUACCCAGUAUGGUAAAUGCAGACACAUUUGCUUACACAGCAGAAAGACAGCUGGAGGUGCCAUAUUGUUUUAAUCUUCAGGUAACUGCCAGAAUAAUGGAAACACUUGAGUAUAUGAGCGAUACAAAGCAUAUUGAAAGCAGGGUCUUCCACACAGGUGUGGCUCCUGAGUUAAUUAAAAGCAAUUAACAUCCCAUCAUGCUUAGGGUCAUGUCUAAAAAUGUUGGGCUGGCCAUUAUUUUUGACUACCAUGGCUAUGCCCCCAUAGUAUAACAAUGCCCCCAGCCACAGGGCACGAUUGGUCACUGAAUGGUUUGAUGAGUCACCAGAUCUCAACCCAAUUUAACACUUAUGGGAUAUUCUGGGGCGGUGCCGGAGACAGCGUUUUCCACCACCAUCAACAAAACAUCAAAUGAUGGAAUUUCUCGUGGAAGAAUGGUGUUGCAUCCCUCCAAUAGAGUUCCAGACACUUGUAGAAUCUAUGCCAAGGUGCAUUGAAGCUGUUCUGGCUCGUGGUGUCCCAAACCCUAUUAAAACACUUUAUGUUGAUGUUUCCUUUAUUUUGGCAAUUACUUGUACAGUCGUGGUCAAAAGUUUUGAGAAUGACACAAGUAUUGGUCUUCACAAAUUUGCUGCUUCAGUGUUUUUAGAUAUUUUUGUCAGAUGUUUCUAUGGUAUACUGAAGUAUAAUUACAAGCAUUCCAUAAGUGUCAAAGGCUUUUAUUGACAAUUACAUGAAGUUUAUGCAAAGAGUCAAUAUUUGCAGUGUUGACCAUUCUUUUUCAAGACCUCUGCAAUCCGCCCUGGCAUGCUGUCAAUUAACUUCUGGGCCACAUCCUGACUGAUGGCAGCCCAUUCUUGCAUAAUCAAUGCUUGGAGUUUGUCAGAAUUUGUGGGUUUUUGUUUGUCCACCCACCUCUUGAGGAUUGACCACAAGUUCUCAAUGGGAUUAAGGUCUGGGGAGUUUCCUGGCCAUGGACCCAAAAUUUCGAUGAGCCACUUAGUUAUCACUUUUGCCUAAUGGCAAGGCGCUCCAUCAUGCUGGAAAAGGCAUUGUUCGUCACCAAACUUUUCUUGGAUGGUUGGGAGAAGUUGCUCUCGGAGGGUAUUUUGGUACCAUUCUUUAUUCAUGGCUGUGUUCUUAGGCAAAAUUGUGAGUGAGCCCACUCCCUUGGCUGAGAAGCAACCCCACACAUGAAUGGUCUCAGGAUGCUUUACUGUUGGCAUGACACAGGACUGAUGGUAGCGCUCACCUUGUCUUCUCCGGACAAGCUUUUUUCCGGAUGCCCCAAACAAUCGGAAAGGGGAUUCAUCAGAGAAAAUGACUUUACCCCAGUCCUCAGCAGUCCAAUCCCUGUACCUUUUGCAGAAUAUCAGUCUGUCCCUGAUGUUUUUCCUGGAGAGAAGUGGCUUCCUCGCUGCCCUUCUUGACACCAGGCCAUCCUCCAAAAGUCUUCGCCUCACUGUGCGUGCAGAUGCACUCACACCUGCCUGCUGCCAUUCCUGAGCAAGCUCUGCACUGGUGGUGCCCCGAUCCCGCAGCUGAAUCAACUUUAGGAGACGGUCCUGGCGCUUGCUGGACUUUCUUGGGCGCCCUGAUGCCUUCUUCACAACAAUUGAACCUCUCUCCUUGAAGUUCUUGAUAAUCCGAUAAAUGGUUGAUUUAGGUGCAAUCUUACUAGCAGCAAUAUCCUUGCCUGUGAAGCCCUUUUUGUGCAAAGCAAUGAUGACCGCACGUGUUUCCUUGCAGGUAACCAGAGGAAGAACAAUGAUUUCAAGCACCACCCUCCUUUUAAUGCUUCCAGUAUGUUAUUCUAGCUCAAUCAGCAUGACAGAGUGAUCUCCAGCCUCGUCCUCGUCAACACUCUCACCUGUGUUAACGAGAGAAUCACUGACAUGAUGUCAGCUGGUCCUUUUGUGGCAGGGCUGAAAUGCAGUGGAAAUGUUUUUUGGGGAUUAAGUUCAUUUUCAUGGCAAAGAGGGACUUUGCAAUUAAUUGCAAUUCAUCUGAUCACUCUUCAUAACAUUCUGGAGUAUAUGCAAAUUGACAUCAUAAAAACUGAGGCAGCAGACUUUGUGAAAAUUAAUAUUUGUGUAAUUCUCAAAACUUUUGACCACGACUGUACAUAUCUUCACAACAUAUUCUUUCGGAUGGGACAUUAAACGGGUGUCCUAACUCUCUGAGGUCACUAAAGAUCCCAUGGCACUUAUCGUAAGAGUAGGGAUGUUAACCCCGGUGUCCUGGCUAAAUUCCCAAUCUGGCCCACAUACCAUCAUGGCCAACUAAUCAUCCCCAGCUUCCAAUUGGCUCAUUCAUCCCCCCUCCUAUCCCCUGUAACUAUUCCCCACGUUGUUGCUGUAAAUGAGAAUGUGUUCUCAGUCAAUUUACCUGGUAAAAUAAGGGUAGAAAAUGUUUUUUACUCAAGCUGUUUAUUGUAUGACAACAAACAUAAUGAUACAGCUAUUGAGGAGAACUACAGUAGGCCAGAUACAGUAUGACUCAGUAUCUAAACUAACAAACUGUCCAGUCAGCCACAUCAUGCAGGCUAAGAAUAGAUACAUUACAUCUAAAUUGCUGAACAGACAACAUAUUGUCAAUAGUCACCAGUUCAUUUUCAGUAUUAUUUAGAGUAUGUAAAAAAGGGGUUAAAUGGGUUUGAAGUAUGAUGGAAGUCUUCAUGGUGUUGUAUUGUUCUGUCUGUCUGUCAGGGUCAUCCUGGAACUCCUGGAGAGUGUGGCCCCUCUGGACCUCUAGGGAUACCAGUAAGUAAAACCUGCUCACUUUACCUUUGUAGGGGUUUCCCGGACACAGAUUAAGCCUAAUCCUGGACUAAAAACAACUUUCAAUUGAGAUUUUUUUUUGUCCAUGAAGUAGUCUUAAACUGGGUCUUUGAAACCGGCCCAUAAGGUUUGGUACCAUUUUAAACGUCCUGUUCCCUGUAGCUUUACAAGAACAAACCCCAUUACACCAAUACUACUCUAAAAUACCAUCCUUUGUCAUUUGGCAUUGGAUACUGCAUGGCAGAAUGAACUCAGAAGCAAGGCAUCACUGCUGUAAACAAAAAAUGAGUCACAAACUGAAUGAGACUUCAAGUUAGAACUUGUGUCAUAUUUGGCACAACAGCUUGGCAUAGAGUGAGUGUAGUUUAUUAAAGUGUCUUUCAAGGUCAGACUAGAAUUCUAAGCCUAAUACCCAUUCUGGUUCCUCAAAGGUCUGUUGCCUUCCUUGUUUGGAAUCCAGCUACGUAAACAUAACCAAUAAAGGUCUGUAAGGAGGCCCACAUAGUUACACCGCUAAAACCAUUUACUCUUCGCUCAUUUGGAGACCAAAGACAGAGUUGUUCACACAAGGGGCGGUUGGGAGAAAUUCCCCCUAGCACAUACCUCUGUUGAUGUUGAUGGGGAGUGAGAGUGACAGUCAGUCACUCAAACAGGCAGCUGUAAACUUUUCUUUAGUACCUCUGGCUAAAGCUAAUGCGGCUCCCACCCUUUGCUUUUAUAGCAUGUCUACAUGUCUCUAGUCUCUUUACGCCGUGCACUGACAUCACACAAGUUGUGGCAAGACAUGCUGGACUGUCUCAGAGCUGCUUUAGCAAACUGCACAGAAGACAGCAGGCGAGUACUUUACUGUAAAAGGUGGAAAAUGCCCUUCGACUUCUUCUGACCAGGUGUUCUUUGAAAAUUACAUGCUUCAGCUCAAUAGGAUCUCUUGUACAGGCAUGACUGAACACAUGUCCUUCAAGUGCAUGAUCUCAGCUCUUUGGCCAUGAUAGGGGAUGAAUGACAUUCACUAGCAUCCUGGAGACCCAAUCCCAGUCUCAUUAGUCAGUCCUACAACUCGUCUCAGUGAGUGUGGUGACGUUAUUGCCUUCCGUCAUAUAAUGUGUUGUAUGUUCUUCCGCCUGUAGGGCCAAGCCGGAUCAAGGGGUCUCGGUGGGAUCAGAGGACCCAAAGGCAGGAGGGUAAGGAAUAAGGUUUCCUCUUUAAGCGUCUUUUCUUUCUGCUAUGAAUUGUUAUGGAUUGUUUUGAACUUGCUGUGUAACACAAGGUGGCAUUGAUGUAGAUCAGUGGUCACCAACCUUUUCUGAGCCAAGAUCACUUUCGCAGUCAAAAAGCAAGCGAAAUCUACCGCUCAGAUUUUGAUUUAAGAUGACUUAAAAAAUGUAACAUUAACCUAAUAAAAACAGUUCUGUAGGAAUGAGGUUUGGGCAGUAGGUCUAAUACAUUAUCACAGCAUAUUGGCUAUAUGCCUGGCCUGUCAAUAUUGUUAUUUCUCCGACCAUAUUAUAUUUCAAAACUUGAGCUUUGAUAACAAAAUAGAUCAGUUGGUGUAGCACUUGCGAGGCACUGCGGAGCAUAAAUUGAAAUAAUUAGUUUUUGUAUUUUACUGGACUGAUGGUAUCUGCAUCUGAUGGUGAUGGUGCUUUCAAGACAACUGGGAACUCAAAACAUGAUGUCAGUGAUCUUCAGGUCGGAAAGUCGGAGCUCUAGAAAUGCCAGAGUUUCCAACUUGGAAUUCCGAGUUGGAUGACUGUUCAAAACGAUUUUACCUAGUCGAAUCUCGUUAUUUCCGAGUUCUCAGUUGGAUGACUUUAUCCUAUCCCAGGUAUUCUUUAAAAAGGUGGGGUUUCAAGUGUCUCCGGAAGGUGGUGAGAGACUCCGCUGUCCUGGCGUCGUGAGGGAGCUUGUUCCACCAUUGGGGUGCCAGAGCAGCAAACAGUUUUGACUGGGCUGAGCGGGAACUGUGCUUCCGCAGAGGUAGGGGAGGCAGCAGGCCAGAGGUGGAUGAACGUAGUGCCCUCGUUUGGGUGUAGGGACUGAUCAGAGCCUGAAGGUACGGAGGUGCCAUUCCCCUCACAGCUCCGUAGGCAAGCACCAUGGUCUUGUAGCAGAUGCGAGCUUCAACUGGAAGCCAGUGGAGUGUGCGGAGGAGCGGGGUGACGUGAGAGAACUUGGGAAGGUCAAACACCAGACGGGCUGCAGCGUUCUGGAUGAGUUGUAGGGGUUUAAUGGCACAGGCAGGGAGCCCAGCCAACAGCGAGUUGCAGUAAUCCAGACGGGAGAUGACAAGUGCCUGGAUUAGGACCUGUGCUGCUUCCUGUGUAAGGCAGGGUCGUACUCUGCGAAUGUUGUAGAGCAUGAACCAACAGGAUCGGGUCACCGCCUUGAUGUUAGCGGAGAACAACAGGGUGUUGUCCAGGGUCACGCCAAGGCUCUUUGCACUCUGGGAGGAGGACACAACGGAGUUGUCAACCGUGAUGGCGAGAUCAUGGAACGGGCAGUCCUUCCCCGGGAGGAAGAGCAGCUCCGUCUUGCCGAGGUUCAGCUUGAGGUGGUGAUCCGUCAUCCACACUGAUAUGUCUGCCAGACAUGCAGAGAUGCGAUUCGCCACCUGGUUAUCAGAAGGGGGAAAGGAGAAGAUUAAUUGUGUGUCGUCUGCGUAGCAAUGAUAGGAAAGGCCAUGUGAGGAUAUGACAGAGCCAAGUGACCUGGUGUAUAGCGAGAAUAGGAGAGGGCCUAGAACUGAGCCCUGGGGGACACCAGUGGUGAGAGCACGUGGUGCGGAGACAGAUUCUCGCCACGCCACUUGGUAGGAGCGACCUGUCAGGUAGGACGCAAUCCAAGAGUGAGCCGCGCCGGAGAUGCCCAACUCGGAGAGGGUGGAGAGGAGGAUCUGAUGGUUCACAGUAUCAAAGGCAGCAGAUAGGUCUAGAAGGACGAGAGCAGAGGAGAGAGAGUUAGCUUUAGCAGUGCGGAGAGCCUCCGUGACACAGAGAAGAGCAGUCUCAGUUGAAUGACCAGUCUUGAAACCUGACUGGUUAGGAUCAAGAAGGUCAUUCUGAGAGAGAUAGCAAGAAAGUUGGCUAAAGACGGCACGCUCAAGAGUUUUGGAGAGAAAAGAAAGAAGGGAUACUGGUUUGUAGUUGUUGACAUCAGAGGGAUCGAGUGUAGGUUUUUUGAGAAGGGGUGCAACUCUCGCUCUCUUGAAGACGGAAGGGACAUAGCCAGUGGUCAAGGAUGAGUUGAUGAGCGAGGUGAGGUAAGGGAGAAGGUCUCCGGAAAUGGUCUGGAGAAGAGAGGAGGGGAUAGGGUCAAGCGGGCAGGUUGUUGGGCGGCCGGCCGUCACAAGUUGCAAGAUUUCAUCUGGAGAGAGAGGGGAGAAAGCAUAGGGUCAAAGCAUAGGGUAGGGCAGUGUGAGCAGGACCAGCGGUGUCAUUUGACUUAACAAACGAGGAUCGGAUGUCGUCAACCUUCUUUUCAAAAUGGUUGACGAAGUCAUCCACAGAGAGGGAGGAGGGGGGGGGGGGGGGGGGGGGGGGACUGCUCAACUGUAGGACUGCUCAACUGCAUGAUUGAUCUCUCUAAUAUGCUUAAGUGGUAUAAUUUGCGGAAUAUUUAAUAAUUUUGCAUAACUUGUUUAAUAUUCUAAGCAAUCACAGAUUUAAUAUUUAAUAAGCUAUAAUAGCAGUUCAUUAUAAAAGGGUAUAUAAAAAUAAACCAUAGAAGAUCAAUGCAAUUAAACUCAGAUCAUGCACAUUAAGCGAUGGAAAAUACCCCUCAGCGUCUUCUGUUGGGAAGAUGACCAAAGGCCUCCUAUGCCUACUGAGAUUAAUGUACAACAUUAUCACCAGCUGGUUCUGGGGCAGAGAUUCAUUAGUAGUGAAACAAUCCUAUCUUACAGUAUAUAGACCAGUAUUCAGAAAGUACCUCAAAUAUAGAUUUACCCUGUCAGACAGUGAUAUCCUUUAGAUCUUUAAAGCACCACCAACAAAGCUCUGCAAUGACUCCAGCAGCCAGUACCACAACAGCCUGGGAAGAGAGAUGAUAGAUUCAGUAUGUGUCUGAGAAAGAACGAUGAGAGAAGGAAACAAUUACAGUGGGGAAGAAAAGUAUUUAGUCAGCCACCAAUUGUGCAAGUUCUCCCACUUAAAAAGAUGAGAGAGGCCUGUAAUUUUCAUCAUAGGUACACGUCAAUUAUGACAGACAAAUUGAGAAAAAAUAAUCCAGAAAAUCACAUUGUAGGAUUUUUUAUGAAUUUAUUUGCAAAUUAUGGUGGAAAAUAAGUAUUUGGUCAAUAACAAAAGUUUCUCAAUACUUUGUUAUAUACCCUUUGUUGGCAAUGAUACAGGUCAAACGUUUUCUGUAAGUCUUCACAAGGUUUUCACACACUGUUGCUGGUAUUUUGGCCCAUUCCUCCAUGCAGAUCUCCUCUAGAGCAGUGAUGUUUUGGGGCUGUCGCUGGGCAACACGGACUUUCAACUCCCUCCAAAGAUUUUCUAUGGGGUUGAGAUCUGGAGACUGGCUAGGCCACUCCAGGACCUUGAAAUGCUUCUUAGGAAGCCACUCCUUCGUUGCCGGGGCGGUGUGUUUGGGAUCAUUGUCAUGCUGAAAGACCCAGCCACGUUUCAUCUUCAAUGCCCUUGCUGAUGGAAGGAGGUUUUCACUCAAAAUCUCACAAUACAUGGCCCCAUUCAUUCUUUCCUUUACACGGAUCAGUCGUCCUGGUCCCUUUGCAGAAAAACAGCCCCAAAGCAUGAUGUUUCCACCCCCAUGCUUCACAGUAGGUAUGGUGUUCUUUGUAUGCAACUCAGCAUUCUUUGUCCUCCAAACAUGACGAGUUGAGUUUUUACCAAAAAGUUCUAUUUUGGUUUCAUCUGACCAUAUGACAUUCUCCCAAUCCUCUUCUGGAUCAUCCAAAUGCACUCUAGCAAACUUCAGACGGGCCUGGACAUGUACUGGCUUAAGCAGUUGGCACUGCAGCAUUUGAGUCCCUGGCGGCGUAGUGUGUUACUGAUGGUAGGCUUUGUUACUUUGGUCCCAGCUCUCUGCAGGUCAUUCACUAGGUCCCCCCGUGGGGUUCUGGGAUUUUUGCUCACCGUUCUUGUGAUCAUUUUGACCCCACGGGGUGAGAUCUUGCGUGGAGCCCCAGAUCGAGGGAGAUUAUCAGUGGUCUUGUAUGUCUUCCAUUUCCUAAUAAUUGCUCCCACAGUUGAUUUCUUCAAACCAAGCUGCUUACCUAUUGCAGAUUCAGUCUUCCCAGCCUGGUGCAGGUCUACAAUUUUGUUUCUGGUGUCCUUUGACAGCUCUUUGGUCUUGGCCAUAGUGGAGUUUGGAGUGUGACUGUUUGAGGUUGUGGACAGGUGUCUUUUAUACUGAUAACAAGUUCAAACAGGUGCCAUUAAUACAGGUAACGAGUGGAGGACAGAGGAGCCUCUUAAAGAAGAAGUUACAGGUCUGUGAGAGCCAGAAAUCUUGCUUGUUUGUAGGUUACCAAAUACUUAUUUUCCACCAUAAUUUGCAAAUAAAUUCAUUAAAAAUCCUACGAUGUGAUUUUCUGGAUUUUUUUCUUCUCAAUUUGUCUGUCAUAGUUGACGUGUACCUAUGAUGAAAAUUACAGGCCUCUCUCAUCUUUUUAAGUGGGAGAACUUGCACAAUUGGUGGCUGACUAAAUACUUUUUCCCCCCACUGUAUAUCUUAUAUAGAGCAGGGAAGUACCACCAACAAAGAUCUGCCCUGACUCAGACCCUGCCAGAUAGUACCACAGCAGGGAGAGAGAUGAGACAUACCGUUUAUGUCUGAGAGAAGGAUAGUAAGAGCACUUCUUCAACAACAGAUAGUACUGUUUACUCUAUAGCAUCACUCCAAGUCCUCCUAUGUUAAGUGUGUGUACUGGCGUAUGUUGAGGUUGAACAGACGAAGCCAGUGAGGCUUAAAUUAGGUUAGAGAGGAACAAGUAGAUUAUACAUUCAGCUCUGUCGUUGACUCUAACCGCCUCUGGCGUGAGUUAUCUUCAUGACUUCAAUCCUCAAGGGAUGCAUUUAGUUGAAUCCUAUGUGUGCAAUUACCAAGCACAUGUUGGCCACCUUGAAUCUUUGACCUCAACCAUACAUCCAGUCUCUAAGACCAAGAGCCGUAGCAUUCACAGAGAUGCAAAUGAACGAGGGACACAGUCCAGCAGUAACACAUGGUCUGGUUGACUAGAUACGAUGCAGAACGAAUCAUGGCAUUCCCUGCUAGUGGAGAGAAUUGCCCAGUGUAGUGAGGGAAGGAUCGUCAGCGUCAUGAUCAUCUCUGCUCCAAAAGAAACAGGACCGGCCAUUUCCCAUCAAUCAAUUGUAUUUUUAAAGCCCUAUUUAUAUCAGCAGUUGUCACGAAGUGCUUAUACAGAAGUGCUUAUAAAAUCCCAGAGAGCAAGCAAUGCAGAUGUAGAAGCACGGUGGCUAGGAAAAAUUCCCUAGAAGGGCAGAAACCUAGGAAGAAACCUAGAGAGGAAUCAGGCUCUGAGGGGUGGCCAGUCCUCUUCUGGCUGUGCUGGGUGGAGAUUAUAAGAGUACACGGCCAUUAAGGCUAGACCGUUCUUCAAGGUGUUAAAAUAUUCAUACAUGACCAGCAGGGUCAAAUAAUAAUCACAGUGGUUAUAGAGGGUGCAACAGGUCAGCACCUCAGGAGUAAAUGUCAGUUUACUUUUCAUAGCCGAGCAUUCAGAGGUCGAGACAGCAGGUGUGCGAGAGAGAGAGAGAGAGAGAGAGAGAGAGAGAGAGAGAGAGAGAGAGAGAGAGAGAGAGAGAGAGAGAGAGAGAGAGAGAGAGAGAGAGAGAGAGAGAGAGAGAGAGAGAGAGGGUCGAAACAGCAGGUCCGGGAAAAGGUAACACGACCGGUGAAAAGGUUAGGAUUCCAUAGCCGCAGCACGAAGGUGGACUGGGGAUGGGGACAGCCAGGCGUCGUCAGGCCAGGUAGUCCUGAGGGCUCAGGUCCUCCGGGAGAGGAGAGAGAGAGAGAGAUGGGAGAACUCAGCAAACUGAAUGACUCUAUUCACAUUCUUGUCUGUUCCUGUGUCAUGGAAUACAGUACCCUCAUCAGAUCGCUGAAAUGUCUCUGGGGAUAUCAGGGCUGUCCUAGCAGUACUAUCUACUCUGAGCCCGAUUCACUGUUGGAUAUGGCUCUUAGACCUCCUAUUUCCCCUGUGGUUAUCCAUCCAACAACUUUUCCAAGUUUCAGAAUAGUAUCUAAUCUCCUAUGUACUCAUGCUAGAUGCCUGAAGCACAUGGAUAGCAUUUCUUAAAUUCUUUAUCAAAAUGGAUAGGAAUUUGUGAAACCGUUCAAUUAUAUUAUACGUUUUUCCACAGUGAUCCUAGUAUGGAGCCGUAUAGGCAUUCACAUCUAAUUGGUAGGGUCAAAUGGAAAGGUCAUGGCAGGAUUGGUCAGCAGUCAGAUGGAAAGGUCAUGACAGGAUUAGUCAGCAGUAAGACUCUAGUCUUGUAAAGGUCAUGGGUUCUCUGUGUGACACUGUUCCCAAUGUUCAGUUGAAUACAAUAGCUGGUCAUGGAAAAAAGAUGGGAGAAGAACAUAGAUAUCAGUGUGCAUUGUAUAGGGAAAACCACUAGCGUUUACUGAACCAACCACAGUCACAUCUCCUUCCUCUGUCUCUAAUAAUAACUUUCAUCUCAGUAACCACGGAUUUGUGUUUUUAAGCAAUUUCCCAAAUUAACACUGCCAUUAGGAUGGGAACAUUUAAGUGGGAACAUUUAAACGUUUGUUAGAGCCCAUGCUGGUAAAGCCUUUCUGGCUGAAGAGCCCUUCAUGGAGAAGAGGAUACUUCAUAUUUAGUCAAUUCAUCUCUCUCUCUCACUCUGUCUCUCUCUAUCUUGUUUCUUGCCACCCCCCUCUCUCUCCCUCCCCCCUCUCUCUCUUUCUCUCUCCCUCUCCCUCCCUCCUUCUCUCUCCUACAGGGUCCGAGGGGUCCUGAUGGUCCAGCUGGGGAGAAGGGGUCAGUUGGAGGAAAGGUGAGGAUGAAGUUCAAAGUUCAUAUGUCAAAGGUUACACUAUUAGUAUAGUAUUUCUGCUCCAUAGCUCCACUUCAUCUGACCUGACUCCCUCAGUUACUGAAUGCUGCGACUUUGUAAUUCCUUUACGGAACACACUAGCCGCAGCCAAUGGAAAAAACAUGGAUACUGCCACAGCCGCGUGAAGAUGUCUUGAGUUGGGUUGCCUUUAUAAACGCAUAUUAUGCAAUUCUACAGUGAGGGAAAAAAGUAUUUGAUCCCCUGCUGAUUUUGUAUGUUUGCCCACAGACAAAGACAUGAUCAGUCUAUAAUUUUAAUGGUAGGUUUAUUUGAACAGUGAGAGACAGAAUAACAACAAAUAAAUCCAGAAAAACGCAUGUCAAAAAUGUUAUAAAUUGAUUUGCAUUUUAAUGAGGGAAAUAAGUAUUUGACCCCUCUGCAAAACAUGACUUAGUACUUGGUGGCAAAACCCUUGUUGGCAAUCACAGAGGUCAGACAUUUCUUGUAGUUGGCCACCAGGUUUGCACACAUCUCAGGAGGGAUUUUGUUCCACUCCUCUUUGCAGAUCUUCUCCAAGUCAUUAAGAUUUCGAGUCUGACGUUUGGCAACUCGAACCUUCAGCUCCCUCCACAGAUUUUCUAUGGGAUUAAGGUCUGGAGACUGGCUAGGCCACUCCAGGACCUUAAUGUGCUUCUUCUUGAGCCACUCCUUUGUUGCCUUGGCCGUGUGUUUUGGGUCAUUGUCAUGCUGGAAUACCCAUCCACGACCCAUUUUCAAUGCCCUGGCUGAGGGAAGGAGGUUCUCACCCAAGAUUUGACGGUACAUGGCCCCGUCCAUCGUCCCUGUGAUGCGGUGAAGUUGUCCUGUCCCCUUAGCAGAAAAACACCCCCAAAGCAUAAUGUUUCCACCUCCAUGUUUGACGGUGGGGAUGGUGUUCUUGGGGUCAUAGGCAGCAUUCCUCCUCCUCCAAACACGGCGAGUUGAAUUGAUGCCAAAGAGCUCCAUUUUGGUCUCAUCUGACCACAACACUUCAGACGGCCCUGUAUAUGUGCUUUCUUGAGCAGGGGGACCUUGCGGGCGCUGCAGGAUUUCAGUCCUUCACGGCGUAGUGUGUUACCAAUUGUUUUCUUGGUGACUAUGGUCCCAGCUGCCUUGAGAUCAUUGACAAGAUCCUCCCGUGUAGUUCUGGGCUGAUUCCUCACCGUUCUCAUGAUCAUUGCAACUCCACGAGGUGAGAUCUUGCAUGGACCCCAAGGCCGAGGGAGAUUGACAGUUAUUUUGUGUUUCUUCCAUUUGCGAAUAUUCGCACCAACUGUUGUCACCUUCUCACCAAGCUGCUUGGCGAUGGUCUUGUAGCCCAUUCCAGCCUUGUGUAGGUCUACAUUCUUGUCCCUGACAUCCUUGGAGAGCUCUUUGGUCUUGGCCAUGGUGGAGAGUUUGGAAUCUGAUUGAUUGAUUGCUUCUGUGGACAGGUGUCUUUUAUACAGGUAACAAACUGAGAUUAGGAGCACUCCCUUUAAGAGUGUGUUCUUAAUCUCAGCUCGUUACCUGUAUAAAAGACACCUGGGAGCCAGAAAUCUUUCUGAUUGAGAGGGGGUCAAAUACUUAUUUUCCUCAUUAAAAUGCUAAUCAAUUUAUAACAUUUUUGAUAUGCGUUUUUCUGGAUUUUUAUGUUGUUAUUCUGUCUCUCACUGUUCAAAUAAACCUACCAUUAAAAUUAUAGACUGAUCAUUUCUUUGUCAGUGGGCAAACGUACAAAAUCAGCAGGGGAUCAAAUACUUUUUUCCCUCAUUGUAUGUGACAAGAGACAUUAUCAGAAUAUUUUUGAACACUACACAAAUGACCGAAAUGAGUGGCUACUCCAACACUGUCAAACAGAUCAAUAAAAAUUAACUAGUCUUGACCUGACCCAGGGCUAUUGAAAAAAGGGAGACACACAGAUUGUACAAUAUUAGGAGGAAAUAUACUGUAUAAUAUAGGCUACUGUUGGCUACUAAAUCAACUUUCCAGAGGCACUGACUCACCCAAUGAUGAAGAUAGCAUGAAUAUGCGUAGCGUAGGCUUCUGACUGGUGAUGGUCUCAAGACUUUUAAAAACAGUGCUGUUCGUCCGAGUUGUUGAGAAAGAAAAUGGUAGCUUCGACUGACAGAUUAGUCUUCUCUUUUCAGCAGUUGGCAUUUGCUUUCCCGUGAUUGUAUUUAGAAAUUUGUGAAAGGCCUACUGCUAUUCACUGAAAGCGUGAAGAGAAAUAGAAUCCAUAGAAAUAGAAUCCAUAGAAUGAAAGCGCCCAUUCAAGUCAGGACUGGCAGCCAUUUUGAGUGUACCAAUGAGUUUACCAGUCAAAUUGCCAGGGUGAGCCAAAACCCUUCUAUGGAUUAUAUUUCUAUGGCUACAAUGCAACAUGCUGUUUGAUAUUUGGUGCGCGUGCUGACCAAAUUCAGUGAGUUUUCAGACAGGAGUAAUUAUACAGUAUAAUUUUUACAAAAUUAUUUCAAUUUAUCAGGGGGUGCUGCAGUACCUUUAGCACCCCUACUUCACGUGGCUAUAAUAAUUAGUAAUUUAGCAGACGCUCUUAUCCAGAGCGACUUACAGGAGCAAUUAGGGUUAAGUGCCUUGCUCAAGGGCACAUCGACAGGUUUUUCACCUAGUCGGCUCAGGGAUUAGAACCAGCGACCUUUCGGUUACUGGCACAACGCUCUUAACCACUAAGCUACCUGCCGCCCUAUGGACUGCAAUGCGGCAUUGGUUUGUGUCUUAAUUUGAUACUUAAAUAUGUCCAUAUAAAACAUUUUCAAUUGGCUUUGUUCACAAGUUUUUAAAUAGUUUGAUUAUUUUCAACAUCUUAAAGACACUUUUUAGGGACACUUUCUUCUUUUAGGGACACAACUAUCUUUUAGGUACAUUUUCUUUGCCAACUUUGGAAAACUUUUAAUUAGAGGAAUUGGAAGCUGUUAGUAGAAUUAUUACACAAGGGGGAAUCUAAGACAAGAGCUCUUGGGUGUACAGUGUGUGAAGCUGUUAGUGAGAUUGACACGUGUUUUCUUACAGGGUACUGAUGGUCCACCAGGAAAACUAGGCUUCCCAGGGGAGAUGGUACGUACAGGCAAUUUCAAGAUCACCAUGUUUUUAAUAACAGUUUUUGCUCAUACCCUCCCACUCCCCUGUUCCCAGUCAUGGCUAUGUCCAACUCGUGGGCCUUUGGGUAUAGGCUUUCCUACCUUACUUUGUGUGUUUACUUUGCAUGCUUUACCCCUCAUUUAGUGAUCACAUCAUUUCCUGGCUGGUAAUGAAUAAUGUAGGACUAUGAGUUAUGAGAGCCCAUUCAUAUCAUAUGUUCAACUUGUUAACACAUUUUCAUUCGAGGUUCCAAUGGCCCAAUGGCUCAUUUAGUUAGAGUGUGACGUAUGGGAUAUUCACACAUACUAAAUACAUGAAUUGAAUGUGCGUCACUUUGGAUAAAUGUGUCUGCUAAACAACCAUAAUGUUUCUGCUUAAUGACCAUAUUAUUUGCUUGUUAUUAAUUUCAACCCUUAUUUCUCUCCAUAUUAUUUUUGCUCCAGGGAAAGAUUGGGGAGCCUGGGGAAGCUGGGUCUAAAGGAUUUCCAGUAAGUGAUUGGGGCUAACAGAGUGCUCUUUUAGGUUAGUCAUGCCCUUAGGGUGGACACAGGUUGGAGGGGCAACCAUUAGCAAUGGAAAAAGAGAGGCUUGUGUGUAGCACGUACGGCAUGCAGUUGUAUAACUAUUCCCCAGGUCGUUGCUGUAAAUGAGAAUAUGUUCUCAGUCAACUUACCUGGUAAAAUAUGGAGAAAUGUAUAUAUAUAUAUAUAUAUAUGAAGUUGAGAGUUGCUAUGGUUUUGGGGACAACCAUUAGCUAUGGGAAAAGAGAGGCUUGUGAGUAGCACUUAGUACAUUAAAGCUGUAAAUGAAUUUGAGAGUGGCCUUAAUGUCUGGGUGUUACGAGACCAACUAGCCUACGGGUGGGAUGUGUAUAGUGGAAAUGGACUGUCUUCCUGUGCCCUUAGCAUUUAGCUAUCUGCAUUCAUAACAACUGGUUUACAUUCUUUCAGGGUCGCCAAGGACUCUCAGGACCUCCAGGUGCCAAAGGAAUAGCAGGAGAGCUGGUAAGUCCUUUUAUGUCUAAAUAUUUUGAGGCUUUAUCUCCCAAAUCCUUUUCAGUCCUAAGUGUCUACGGCCCAGCCAGGGAUAUGGGAGUUAUAUCCUGUGUUUAAAUUCCUACAGAGCUCAACACUUAAUGUCACAUCAGGUUUGCAUUAUAUUUCACCUUCAAGCCAGGAAGCUGUCUUUGAUUUCAUUACUUCCCCUAACUUUGUUUACUGUAUUGUCUCCAUACAAAUACCCUUCCUUGGGUUUUUCUCUACUAGAGAGAAUUAUAUGAUUUACUCUGAGCUUCCUGCAGAGGCAGAGAGGCAGCUCUACAGUGGGGGAAAAAAGUAUUUAGUCAGCCACCAAUUGUGCAAGUUCUCCCACUUAAAAAGAUGAGAGAGGCCUGUAAUUUUCAUCAUAGGUACACGUCAACUAUGACAGACAAAAUUAGGAAAAAAAAUCCAGAAAAUCACAUUGUAGGAUUUUUAAUGAAUUUAUUUGCAAAUUAUGGUGGAAAAUAAGUAUUUGGUCAAUAACAAAAGUUUCUCAAUACUUUGUUAUAUACCCUUUGUUGGCAAUGACACAGGUCAAAUGUUUUCUGUAAGUCUUCACAAGGUUUUCACACACUGUUGCUGGUAUUUUGGCCCAUUCCUCCAUGCAGAUCUCCUCUAGAGCAGUGAUGUUUUGGGGCUGUCGCUGGGCAACACAGACUUUCAACUCCCUCCAAAGAUUUUCUAUGGGGUUGAGAUCUGGAGACUGGCUAGGCCACUCCAGGACCUUGAAAUGCUUCUUACGAAGCCACUCCUUCGUUGCCCGGGCGGUGUGUUUGGGAUCAUUGUCAUGCUGAAAGACCCAGCCACGUUUCAUCUUCAAUGCCCUUGCUGAUGGAAGGAGGUUUUCACUCAAAAUCUCACGAUACAUGGCCCCAUUCAUUCUUUCCUUUACACGGAUCAGUCGUCCUGGUCCCUUUGUAGAAAAACAGCCCCAAAGCAUUAUGUUUCCACCCCCAUGCUUCACAGUAGGUAUGGUGUUCUUUGGAUGCAACUCAGCAUUCUUUGUCCUCCAAACAUGACGAGUUGAGUUUUUACCAAAAAGUUAUAUUUUGGUUUCAUCUGACCAUAUGACAUUCUCCCAAUCCUCUUCUGGAUCAUCCAAAUGCACUCUAGCAAACUUCAGAUAGGCCUGGAUAUGUACUGGCUUAAGCAGGGGGACACGUCUGGCACUGCAGGAUUUGAGACCCUGGCGGCGUAGUGUGUUACUGAUGGUAGGCUUUGUUACUUUGGUCCCAGCUCUCUGCAGGUCAUUCACUAAGUCCCCCCGUGUGGUUCUGGGAUUUUUGCUCACCGUUCUUGUGAUCAUUUUGACCCCACGGGGUGAGAUCUUGCGUGGAGCCCCAGAUCGAGGGAGAUUAUCAGGGGUCUUGUAUGUCUUCCAUUUCCUAAUAAUUGCUCCCACAGUUGAUUUCUUCAAACCAAGCUGCUUACCUAUUGCAGAUUCAGUCUUCCCAGCCUGGUGCAGGUCUACAAUUUUGUUUCUGGUGUCCUUUGACAGCUCUUUGGUCUUGGCCAUAGUGGAGUUUGGAGUGUGACUGUUUGAGGUUGUGGACAGGUGUCUUUUAUACUGAUAACAAGUUCAAACAGGUGCCAUUAAUACAGGUAACGAGUGGAGGACAGAGGAGCCUCUUAAAGAAGAAGUUACAGGUCUGUGAGAGCCAGAAAUCUUGCUUGUUUGUAGGUGACCAAAUACUUAUUUUCCACCAUAAUUUGCAAAUUAAAUUCAUUACAAAUUCUACAAUGUGAUUUUCUGGAAAAAAAAUUCUCAAUUUGUCUGUCAUAGUUGACGUGUACCUAUGAUGAAAAUUACAGGCCUCUCUCAUCUUUUUAAGUGGGAGAACUUGCACAAUUGGUGGCUGACUAAAUACUUUUUUUCCCCACUGUAUGUGAACAUUGGGUUGUUUCCACCACAUAACCUACAGAAGCUUUGGCUAUUUGUUCUAAGUCUCCAGCAGUGGGAAAUGAUCUGGAUCUCAAGCCUAGAUGAAUUUAUCUCCAACACUCCAUGUUUUAUCCUCAACGUCUUUUUCACAUUUCUAUCCUCGCUGUUUUCCCUUUUUCCCAUUUGCUUAUUAUCUGCAAUGUACUUAGUUGUUCUAGUGUAGUUUUUAGCCACAAUGUACUUAGUUAUUCAAGUGUAGUUACUAUGAUAUAAGGGCUGCAUAGGCCUAUGUAUUUUUGUGUUUAGUCAUCACUACACUGCCUCUGUCUUAUCAUCCUAGGGACCAACUGGGCCACCAGGAACAAUGGGUCCACUGGGAGAGAUGGGCCUCAAGGUAAGUUUCACCACUACAUAAACAUGCCAAACGGUAGUAUUGUGGCUUCUAUAGGUAUUUGUAAUUGCUUGUGUAGUGUGCCAUUCACAUAGUGUUCAGGCUCCAGUGACCAAUGCCUAUCCGUCUAAUUUGAUUGUCAAUGGUGAUUUUUCUAUGACAGGGUCCCCCUGGAAAGGUUGGGGAGUGGGGAUUGCCAGGAGAACCAGGAGAGAAGGUAAGAUAAUACCCUCAACUGCUCAGCAAAAUAGUUGAUGUAUUCAACAACACUUCUAUCAAGGGUCACUCAACAUCUCACUUCCAAUGACAUAACUUACAGAACCAGUAAUAGUCUGUCUAUCAAUCUACUGUAUACAUAACCAUAGGCCACACAAUCCAUGUGUUUAGUGUAGUAUUGACCUGUGUUAAGUGUCCAUGUGUUUAGUGUGUUGUUUAUCUGUGUGACAGGGUGCCCUUGGACCAGCAGGAAACCUCGGAGAGCAGGGCUUCAUCGGACAGAGGGUGGGUACCCCAAAGUUCACUUGUACCCAUGUUGAUUCUUCUAGUAGUAACUUUGACCUUAUUAACUUGUACUUGAACCCUCCUCUCCUUCAGGGUGAGAUGGGGAUCGAUGGGGAGGCUGGUCAAAGUGGACCUGAUGGACCCAAGGUAAGAGAUAACACUAUGGUAAUAGUCCUUGUGAUGGAUCCUAACUUGAGUUGAAAGUAUUGGCCAAGAGUUGACAGUCAUUGUCUCUUUACCCUAAGAACCCAAAUCUGAUUUUCUUUCUAUAUCCCCAAAUAAUGUCUGACUGUCCACACUCAGUUUUACAUGUGACUCAUAUCAGUUUUGCGCAUUCAUACUGAUGUAGCCUCCAAAAUGGCACACACAUGCAAUGCUCAUUUCCUGUCACUGUUCCUUUACAUUUUGGGGUGGUUGUCAUGGUAACAGCAGGGCAUGUGGAAAAAAAAUCUGAUCUGAGCAUCCAGACAGAGGUCACAUAUGGAGGAUUGGGUUUGUAUCAGGAUUCAGAUUCACAUAUGGAGGUGAUAUACACUACCGGUCAAAUGUUUUAGAACACCUACUCAUUCAAAGGUUUUUCUUAAUUUUUAUUAUUUUCUACAUUGUAGAAUAAUAGCGAAGACAUCAAAACUAUGAAAUAACACAUAUUGAAUCAUGUCGUAACCAAAAAAGUGUUAAACAAAUCAAAAUAUAUUUUAUAUUUGAGAGUCUUCAAAUAGCCACCCUUUGCCUUGAUGACAGCUUUGCACACUCUUGGCAUUCUCUCAACCAGCUUCAUGAGGUAGUCACCUGGAAUGCAUUUCAAUUAACGGGUGUGCCUUCUUAAAAGUUCCUUCUUAAUGCGUUUGAGCCAAUCAGUUGUGUUGUGACAAGGUGGGGGGGUAUACAGAAGAUAGCCCUAUUUGGUAAAACACCAAGUCCAUAUUAUGGCAAGAACAGCUCAAAUAAGCAAAGAGAAACAACAGUCCAUCAUUACUUUAAGACAUGAAGGUCAGUCAAUACGGAACAUUUCAAGCACUUUGACAUUUUCUUUAAGUGCAGUCGCAAAAACCAUCAAGCGCUAUGAUGAAACUGGCUCUCAUGAGGACCGCCACAGGAAUGGAAGACCCAGAGUUACCUCUGCUGCAGAGGAUAAGUUCAUUAGAGUUACCAGCCUCAGAAAUUGCAGCCCAAAUAAAUGCUUCACAGAGUUCAAGUCACAGACACAUCUCAACAUCAGCUGUUCAGAGGGGACUGUGUGAAUCAGGCCUUCAUGGUCGAAUUGCUGCAAAGAAACCACUACUAAAGGACACCAAUGAGAAGAAGAGACUUGCUUGGGCCAAGAAACACGAGCAAUGGACAUUAGACCGGUGGAAAUUUGUCCUUUGGUCUGGAGUCCAAGUUGGAGAUUUUUGGUUACAACCGUUGUGUCUUUGUGAGACGCGGUGUGGGUGAACGGAUGAUCUCCGCAUGUGUAUUUCCCACCGUAAAGCAUGAAGGAAGAGGUGUUAUGGUGUGGGGGUGCUUUACUGGUGACACUGUCUGUGAUUUAUUUAGAAUUCACACUUAACCAGCAUGGCUACCACAGCAUUCUGCAGCGAUACGCCAUCCCAUCUGGUGGGACUAUCAUUAGUUUUUCAACAGGACAAUGACCCAACACACCUCCAGGCUGUGUAUGGGCUAUUUUACCAAGAAGGAGAGUGAUGGAGUGCUGCAUCAGAUGAACUUGCCUCCAUAAUCAGGGCUCAACCCAAUUGAGAUGGUUUGGGAUGAGUCGGACCGCAGAGUGAAGAAAAAGCAGCCAACAAGUGCUCAGCAUAUGGGGGAACUCCUUCAAGACUGUUGGAAAAGCAUUCCAGGUGAAGCUGGAUGAGAGAAUGCCAAGAGUGUGCAAAGCUAUCAUCUAGGCAAAGGGUGGCUAUUUGAAGUAUCUCAAAUAUAAAAUAUAUUUAGAUUUGUUUAACACUUAUUUGGUUACUACAUGUUUCCAUAUGUGUUAUUUCAUAGUUUUGAUGUCUUCACUAUUAUUCUACAAUGUAGAAAAUAGUAAAAAUAAAGAAAAACCCUUGAAUGAGUAGGUGUUCUAGAACUUUUGACCGGUAGUGUAAAUCGGAAGUCAAAAGAUCAGAUUCCAUGUUUUUUUGUUGUUGCUGUUUACACCUUCUGGAAAAUAUCAGAUAGGUAUCAGAUAUGCAAAUAAUUGGCAAAAGAUCUGAAUUGGGCUGCCUGUGUAAACUUUGACAUCAGUGGACAAUUUAGGUGCCAGUUAGAGUUACACCCUACCACACGGCUGUAUCCAGGUAGGAUUCAGCCGUGUGAUAGCCACUGAUUUGUAAAUCAGAAGAGGGUGUUUUUAUGAUAACGUUCACUAUUUCAAUCAGCCAUUCACAAGAGAAGGCGAUUCUAACCUUUAUCAGUUCAUCAAAGCUAUAUUCAUAUGAAGCUAAUGAACUGUACUGUACACUUAGCUGGAAUUACAAUUAUUUUCAGUCAGACUCAAGUACUGUAUAUGUACUGUAUGCUGUUGACACUGAGUGAAAAUAAAUAGGCAGCUGGCCUAUUUUGAGCUCUUCCGUCUGGAAGGAGUUGUGAUAGAAAUACAGUGGUGAUUCAGAGUAAGCACAAGGAGCUUUCAUAUCCAUCUGAGCUAAGCUGCUGGAUAGUAAGUGUUGUGUUCGCUCGCACACAAGCGCAUCAUCAUCCUCUCUACAGCAAUCGACAUAUUACCAAUUGUCAGUCAAAUGAUGCAGGACAACUCUACUAUUAGUGCAGUGGAUUAAUGCCUUAAAACUCACAGAUGCAAGUCUGUCCCAUAUUCAACUGCUGUUCACAUGGAACACUUCUCCACGUCGGCCUUCAAAGUUCUUAUUUGAAUAUUUGUUACUACCACCAAGAUCUACACCAGUGAAGUAUUGUAUCUGGUCAUGUCUGAGUGUAUCUUCCCUAUGGUUCUGUGCUCAGGGCGAGAAGGGUGACAUGGGACCUGAGGGGGGUAAAGGAGAGAGGGGUGAGAUCGGACUGAAAGGAAAGGAAGGGUCUCCUGGACCUCCUGGCUUAGUGGGCUUGAGGGUGAGUGUCCAAACGUACGAUUAUUACGUUCCUAAAUAUAACCUUACAUUUCCUGUACUUGACUCCCAGGUUCACGUAAGUCAGACUGAUGACUUAACUCACUUUACUGGUUGUUGGAUGAAUAAUGUAGGCUACUAUGUGCCAAAUAGGAUUCAUAACACUAAUUUGUCUCUCCAACAAACUUUGUAUUAUUAUUUUUGAGUAGAAAACAAACUGCUUAUGACAAUGUUCUGACCAUUGCCUUGUCUUCGUCAUUUGUUAUUAUAUGUUUAUUGCAGUUCAAGUAAAUGUUUGUUGACUCAUGUCUUCCAGGGUCAGGAGGGUAAACCUGGCAAGUUUGGUGAAAGAGGAAAACCAGGGGAGAAGGUAUGUAUUGUAUGUCAGCUCAGUUCCUGCAGUUAAUUAAUAGGCCUCCAUCUGUCACACUCAUUCAUUUAAUUCACUGAAACCUGUUAGUUGUUUUACCAUAUCUGUCUUGGUUUGUAAAGAAAGUUUGAUGACUGCUUGUAAUUGUGGUCAACAGACAUAAAGGUCAAUGUCCUUCCUAGCCACCACACUAUGAUUAAGGUGCUCAGCCAAUGGGCAGAUUAAAAUGGACAGUUGACAUAGUAAAACUAUCCACACACCACUUCUCAGUGACUGAAAGGUGACCUUGCUCAUUUUGCAUGCCUGUUCUAUGGCGACCCUUCUCCAGGGCAGCAAGGGUCAUAUGGGUCACCUGGGAGAGACUGGGCCAAUCGGUAAACAAGGAGAGGCAGGAUUCGUCGGGCCGAAAGGAUCGAGAGGAACCAUUGGACCAGUGGUAAGGCUCUUGUACAGAUCUGACUCUGAUGUGAAGGUUUCUUAGUGCUGUAGGUCACUAAGACUGAUCAUCUGAUGUUCACAGGGCGCCCCGGGUAGAAUGGGCCAACAAGGCGAACCAGGCAUGACAGGAUACGAGGUAAGAAUUAUGCUUAUAGCAUUGAAAUAGGUGUCUUUGACUCAAUAUUUUUGUAGAAUCUAGAAAAAAACUAAAGAUAGUCAGAUGAUUGAUAAAUGGAGAGCAUUGCUAUCUGUGAUAUUUUGCACAAUAGGUUGCCCAAACUAAGUCAAAAGUGUUGAGUUGUGCUGUGUGAUGAAUUACACUCUCUAUUGUCUUCUGUUAUUUUAGGGCCACACAGGACGACAGGGCCCGCUGGGACCUCCUGGACCAAAAGGUGAAAAGGUACACUUCCCACAGUCCUGUCUGUUUCUAAUAGCUCUCUCAAAUUGUACCAUCCAAGUGGGUCUGGACUCAUGGCCUGUGAAGGUUUAGGUCUAGUGAUGACUGACCCAACACUGUCCGUUCUUUUGACUGUCUGUCCUAUGGUCAAUCCACAUUAUGUCCCACAUAUCUCGUUAUAACAAAUUGGUAGGGCUAGUCUUUCCUGACUACGUAGGUACAAAACAUUAGGGCCCAGAGUUUCUCCUGGUCAGGUCAGGUGGUCAGGAAAAACUCCUAGCCCUACCCAUUGGUAAUAGCUGCAUGUGUGCAUACACUGAGAGAGUCAAUCUCACUGCCUGUGUUGCUGUUCUAGUUUUAUAAUCCUGCAAGAAGUGAUCAAAUAUAAUUGAUUGAUGGCAUGCACCAAGGCACAUCUCAUUAACUCAGGGGAAAUGCUAUCAAACGUAGAUCAUUGGCCACAAACUGCUUUCAACUGCUUUUGAAUACUCCUUGUCAUCAUUAUUCAGGAGAUUAAUCAUGGUUCAAUUGUGAUAAAUAGGACUUCGAUAUUAAGCAGUUUCCUGUUUACCGAUAAUGAUCAACUCAUAAUGACAUUUGACAACCUUGCUUACUUUCUAAUGAGACCCAAAUUGUGCCACUGCUCAUAAAUAGUUUAGUUUUGGAUCCCUUCUCCCCUGUUUCCUCUUCUAUAUCACCAAGCAUAUAAACAGCACAUGCACUAUGAAACACUACAAGCAUCCCACAUCAGUCAUCAGUCCCUGUAAAGUCACUGGAACGUUUAAUGCAAUCUAGAUUAAAUUUAAUUGGAAGCGACCUAUUGCCAUCAACAAAAGCCCUCAAUUUAUUAGAAUACUCCAAUGUUUUGGAAUGUAAUGACAUUUCACAUAAUUUCACCUCACACAGUCUCAAGUUCAAGUUUCAAGUUUAAAUGUAUUAUCCUGGAGGCAAAUUGGUUUUGCAGCAAUGAUCAUACAUAAAAUGCAUAAAAACGUACAUUUGUUUUCCUGUAUAAUUCUUUCCAGGGUGAACAGGGGGAAGACAGUAAGGUGGAAGGCCCUCCUGGUCCACAAGGUGACAGAGUGAGUUCCUCACAUCAUGUAUCCCUCCGCCUACAGCAGUGUUUGGUGUUGGUGUACUACUGUAGCUAGGGAUCUAUAUGCUUCAUUGUGUAUGUUUCUCAUCUGAAACCAGGGUCCUACUGGAGACAGGGGAGACCGAGGAGAACCAGGUGACCCCGGAUACUUAGUGAGUGGGAAGUCGUAUGACAUAAUUCUUUCAUUGGCCAGGAUAUACUGUAUAAAACAGGGGUAAUAACCAACCUAGUAAGAAAGUAACUUUACUUGAAUAAACUCUUGCUUCAUGCGUGGAAAUGUUAACACACGUCUACCUCUCAGGGCCAGCCAGGAGUGGACGGAGAAAGAGGCAAGGCUGGAGCAACUGGACUACCUGUGAGCCAAUGGUUAUGUUUAUGACUUGCUAAUAUGUGAUUACUUACACUGACAGUAUCCACAUAAUACAGUAUCCAGCUAUUUAUCAUGUAUGCAUUCCUAUUGUAGGGACAUCCUGGGCAAAGGGGAAUACAGGGGCCGAAAGGAUCCAAAGGUGAUCAAGUAAGGACAACAGACCUUGACAAGUAACAACAAAACUGUAGUAUCCAGUGUCAUUGUAUACCAUAACACCUGAUCAUUUUACAUCACAACACCUGUUUGAACCACUGUUAUACCAAUAUGACACAGUGUGAUUGAUUUAACCUAAGGUAUGAUGACAUCAUGUCACAGUUGUUUGUUGACUGUUUACUCUGAUCUACUCCAGGGUCAGAAAGGCAAAUGGGGGAAGCGAGGUGAAUCUGGGACCAAAGGACCACCGGUAAGUGGGACACCUAGUUUGUAAAGCACUUAAUGGAACAUGUACCUAAUUUAAUUGAUUGAUUCAUUGAUUGAAUGUACUAGAAUGCAACAUGUACCUAAUUUAAUUGAUUGAUUCAUUGAUUGAAUGUACUAGAAUGCAGGUUAUGAUACAGUAUAUAUGUUUAUUUCUGUGUAUUUCCUAGGGUCCAGAGGGGCCUCCUGGCCCAAAGGGAGUUGUGGGCAGAGAGGGCCUUGAGGGCCAGCCUGGAAUGGACGGCCCUCCUGGGAAAGACGGAGACAAAGGAGUAAAGGUAAGAACAGACCAAUCUGUGAGUUCUCCUCACUGACUGAAAUGACCAGGGCCUUGUUUCCCAGAGCCUUCGCAGCGUUAAGAUCAUCGUUAGAACCUUCUUACGAUGUAUCUUUAGUAGCCAAGGUGUUUCCCAGAGCCUUCGUUAGUAACGUGGCUCUUAAAAACCAUUGCACAUCUACCAGUGAUCCAGAACACUCAUAGAGCAGCCACAGUGCAUCGUUAGACGCUUUUUUCCCCCUUCUGCGUCACUUUAUUCACAGAAGAUCUCCACUGAACAUAGAAUCAAGAUAUUUAAGCUAUCUGUCUGACUGUGACUGCUGAUAACUUCAGAACGAAGUUGACUACAAAUACAAAGUUGCCAAAGUAUUUGCAAUUGUUACAAACAAGUGAAGGAUAAAAUGAUGCUUCAAAUGAAAACCGAGAUGACUGCAUUAAUAGAUACAUAGGCUACAAUGAACCAGUACCUGGGAUUGAGGAGAUGCGAUCUCCUCUGACGCCCAGGAUCCUUCAAUUCAAAGUCCCAUUAACCAGCUCUGCAGAUGUUAUAACAUCAAAAGACUUUCGGUACUCACCAAAAAAUGGAGUUUCGCAGUGCAACUAUCGUCAUUACUGCCGUUAUGCACGGUAUGUACUUCCAAAAAAGGUUUAAAUAAAAAUAAAAUAAAUUAUCUUUCGGGAUACUGUACUGCUGCUGGACCAGCCGACAUGUGCAUGGCAGUAAUUAGUGAUUUUAUUGGAGGUGCUGAAGGUGGAUUUGGCGCAAGCGUACUUGGUAAAAAACAAUAGAUCAUUUUUAUUUAGACCGUUUUUGGAAGUACAUACUGUGCAUAAUGGCAUUAAUGAUGAUAGUUGAUCUGUGAAACUCCAUAUUUUGGUGAGUACCGAUUUGUAUUUUGACAUUAUAACGUUUGCAGAGCUGGUUAAUGGGACUGAAUUGAAGGAUCUCGUCUAGUCAAGCCCAGGUAGUGGUUCAAGGCUACAUGGGCCUAUAUAGGCUAUUUCAAUCAUAUUUAAAUCAAUUGAGUUGUCAGAACGCUGAGUGUGGAUGUGGUGCAGGGAAUCAAGCGCAGGAACAAGGGUGUUCGUCAACAGACUUUAGUAAUUGUCACGAUCGUCAGGAACAGAUGAGGACCAAGGCGCAGCGUUGCAGGCAAACAUACUCUUUAUUGAGCGAAAACACGAUCAAAACAACAAAGACGGUAACGUGACAGUUCACGGUCAAACUAAACCAACUUGAAACAAGAACCCACAAAACCAAAGGAAAAACCGACAGUUUAAAUAUGGCUCCCAAUCAGAGACAACCAGCUGACAGCUGACACUCGUUGCCUCUGAUUGGGAGUCACUCAGGCCAACAUAGAAAUAAGUAAACUAGACCCACAACACAAAACAUAGAAACUAACACCCUGGCUCAACAUACGAGAGUCCCCCGAGCCAGGGCGUGACAGUACCCCCCCCUAAAGGCGCGGACUCCGACCGCGCCAACGAAACACAACAGGGGAGGGACCGGGUGGGCACUCCGCCUAGGCGGCGGAUCCGGCUCCGGGCAUGAUCCCCACUCGCUCUCUAACCCCCCAAAGUACCCCUGGUCCGGUCUGGCCCUGCUGACCGGAGCUGGACUGCACACUGGUGGAGCGGAUUGCUCUAGCUCCGGCGUAACGCAUCUGACCAGCGCCGGACCAGGCACCAGUGGAACAGGCACGUGCCGUGCCGGACCGACGACGCACACCACUGGCUUGGUGUGGGGAACAGGCACGGGCCGUGCUGGACUGACGACGCACCCCGAAGGCUUGGUGCGUGGAGCAGGGACAGGCCGGGCUGGGCUGGCGACGCACCCCGUAGGCUUGGUGCGUGGAGCAGGGACAGGCCUGGCUGGGCUGGCGACGCACCCCGUAGGCUUGGUGCGUGGAGCAGGAACAGGCCGGGCUGGGCUGGCGACGCACACCGUAGGCUUAGUGCGUGGAGCAGGGACAGGCCGGGCUGGGCUGGCGACGCACACCGUAGGCUUGGUGUGAGGGGCAGGAACGGGCCGGACAGGGCUGACGAAACGCACCACAGACUUGGUGCGGGGAGCAGGAAUGGGCCGGACUGGGCUGGCGACGCUCACCACAGACUUGGUGCGGAGAGCAGGAACGAGCCGGACAGGGCUGACGAAACGCACCACAGACUUGGUGCGGGGAGCAGGAACAGGCCGGGCCGGGCUGGCGACGCGCACCACAGGCUCGGUGCGGGGAGCAGGAACAGGCCGGGCCGGGCUGACGACACGCACCACAGGCUCGAUGCGAGGAACAGGAACAGGCCGGACCGUACUGGGGACACACACCACUGGCCCUACGCAGGGAUCAAGAACGGGCCGGACCGGACUGGUAACACACCCCAGUACCUCUCGCCGUGCCUCCACACUUUCCCUCUCCUCUGUGACCAGUGGCCCCCUUAACCUGGCGGCCUUCUCUGCACACCCGCUGGACCGCUCCAUCGCGGCCUCCUGCUGCCCCGUCGUCCACGUCGUGAGCCCCCCCCUAAAAUUUUUCUGGGGUUCUCUACUCCCCGUGGGCCAGGCCUCUAUAAUUCUCGCCCAACUCUCGCUCCUCUGCUUCCACCUCCCGCUAUUCAGCUCCUCAAUGGGCUUGACCCAGUCGAGGCUCUUCCUCCAUUGUUCCCAAGUCCACUCUUUCUGCUCCUCACUCGGCUUGACCCAGUCGAGACUGCCACGGAGAUCUGAUAGCGAUAACUCCUGGCCACGCUGCUUGGUCUGGUCUUGGUGGUUUCUUCUGUCACGAUCGUCGACCAGAGAUGAGGACCAAGGCGCAGCGUUGCAGGCAAACAUACUCUUUAUUGAGCGAAAACACGAUCAAAACAACAAAGACGGUAACGUGACAGUUCACGGUCAAACUAAACCAACUUGAAACAAGAACCCACAAAACCAAAGGAAAAACCGACAGUUUAAAUAUGGCUCCCAAUCAGAGACAACCAGCUGACAGCUGACACUCGUUGCCUCUGAUUGGGAGUCACUCAGGCCAACAUAGAAAUAAGUAAACUAGACCCACAACACAAAACAUAGAAACUAACACCCUGGCUCAACAUACGAGAGUCCCCCGAGCCAGGGCGUGACAUUAAUCCAAAAUAGUAACUCCAAACAGGUGAAUAGCCAACCCAACCGGGAGGCAUGAACAAAUUACGCACACACACAACAGUGCGUAAAACAAGAAAAGGCGCACGCAGUGCGGACUCUCGACACAAACAACACGAAAGAGAAAAACCAUCAACAGCAACAGCUGACAUAACAAUCACACAUAACACCUGCCCCAACACACGAUAACUAAAUAGGAAACAAAAUCAAACACUAACAAGGGACAGGUGUACAAACAGACAAAACCAAACAAACAUGAAACAUCGAACGGUGGCAGCUAGUACUCCGGGGACGACGACCGCCGAAGCCUGCCCGAACAAGGAGGAGGAGCAGCCUCGGCCGAAACCGUGACAGUACCCGCCCCUUGACGCGCGGCUCCAGCCGUGCGCCGAUCCCGGCCUCGGGGACGACCAGGACGACGCGGAGCAGGGCGCGUAGGAUGACCCCGAUGGAACUCGGUCAGCAGGGACUGGUCUAAUAUGUCCCUCCUCGGCACCCAGCACCGCUCCUCCGGGCCGUACCCCUCCCACUCCACGAGAUAUUGGAGACCCCCCAUCCGGCGUCUCGAAUCAAGGAUGGACCUCACAGUGUACGCCGGAGCCCCCUCGAUGUCCAACGGGGGCGGAGGAGUCUCUUCUAUCUCAUAGUCCUGGAGUGGACCAGCUACCACCGGCCUGAGGAGAGACACAUGGAACGAGGGGUUAAUAUUCCUGUAAUCAAUAGGCAGUUCUAACCUGUAACACACCUCGUUCAACCUCCUCAGGACUUUGAAUGGCCCCACAAACCGCCGACCCAGCUUCCGGCAGGGCAGGCGGAGGGGCAGGUUUCUGGUCGAGAGCCAGACUCGAUCUCCAGGUGCGUACACAGGCCCCUCACUGCGGUGGAGAUCGGCGCUCGUCUUAUGCCGACGGAUGGCCCGCUGCAGAUGAACGUGGGCAGCGUUCCAUGUCUCCUCCGAGCGCCGCACCCACUCAUCCACCGCAGGGGCCUCGAUCUGGCUCUCGUGCCAAGGUGCCAGAACCGGCUGGUACCCUAACACACACUGGAAAGGGGUUAGUUGGGUGGAGGAGUGGCGGAGAGAGUUCUGUGCCAUCUCGGCCCAAGGAACGUAUCUCGCCCACUCCUCCGGCCGGCCCUGGCAAUAAGACCUCAGAAACCUACCCACAUUCUGGUUAACACGUUCAACCUGCCCAUUACUCUCCGGGUGGUAACCCGAGGUAAGGCUCACCGAAACCCCCAACCGUUCCAUAAACGCUCUACACACUCUGGAGGUGAACUGGGGGCCUCGAUCAGACACUAUAUCCUCGGGUACCCCGUAAUGCCGGAAGACAUGGGUAAACAGAGCCUCAGCGGCCUGUAGGGCAGUAGGUAGACCCGGCAUGGGAAGGAGACGACAGGCCUUCGAGAACCGAUCCACAACGACCAGGAUGGUAGUAUUCCCCUGUGAGGGGGGAAGGUCUGUAACAAAAUCCACCGAGAGGUGGGACCAGGGUCGUUGUGGAACGGGCAGGGGUUGUAGCUUACCCCUGGGCAAAUGUCUGGGCGCCUUACACUGGGCACACACCGAACAGGAGGAGACAUAAAUCCUCACAUCCCUGGCUAACGUUGGCCACCAGUACUUAGUGCUAAGGCAGUGAACUGUCCGGCCGAUACCUGGAUGUCCAGAGGAGGGGGACGUAUGAGCCCAAUAAAUGAGGCGAUCGCGUACCUCGAGCGGAACGUACGUCCGACCCACUGGACACUGUGGAGGACUUGGGUCGGUGCGUAACGCCCGCUCGAUCUCGGCAUCGACCUCCCAUACCACCGGUGCAACCAGACAAGACUUUGGUAGUAUGGGAGUGGGCUCAACGGACUUCUCCUCCGUGUCAUACCGCCGAGACAGGGCAUCUGCCUUCCCGUUCUGGGACCCAGGGAUGUAAGUGAUUUUAAACACAAACCGGGCUAGAAACAUAGUCCAGCGGGCCUGGCGAGGAUUCAGUCUCCUAGCUGCCCGGAUGUAUUCCAGGUUACGGUGGUCAGUUAGAAUGAGGAAAGGGUGUUGAGCCCCCUCAAGCCAAUGCCUCCACACCUUUAGGGCCUGUACCACGGCUAACAGCUCCCUGUCCCCUACGUCAUAAUUCCGCUCCGCCGGACUGAGCUUCUUAGAAUAAAAAGCACAGGGGCGGAGUUUAGGUGGUGUGCCAGACCGUUGUGAGAGAACGGCCCCAAUACCGGCCUCGGACGCGUCUACCUCUACCUGGAAAGGUAAAGCGGGAUCCGGAUGCGCCAACACCGGCGCUGAGGUAAACAGGUCCUUCAGUUUCCCAAAAGCCCUGUCCGCCUCAGCUGACCACCGCAAGCGCACCGGACCCCCCUUCAACAGAGACGUUAUGGGAGCUGCCACCUGUCCAAAACCCCGGAUAAACCUCCGGUAAUAAUUCGCAAAACCCAAGAACUGUUGCACCUCUUUCACAGUGGUUGGGGUUUGCCAAUUACGCACAGCUGACACCCGGUCAACCUCCAUCUUCACCCCUGACGCAGACAACUGAUAACCCAAAAAGGAGACCGACUUCUGAAAGAACAGACAUUUCUCUGCCUUGACAUAUAGGUCAUGCUCCAACAGCCUCCUCAACACUCGGCGCACCAGGGCUACAUGCUCUGCUCGGGUAGAACUGUACACCAGAAUAUCGUCUAUGUACACGACUACUCCCUGUCCCUGCAUGUCCCGGAAAAUCUCAUCGACGAAGGAUUGGAAGACUGAGGGAGCAUUCAUUAACCCAUAUGGCAUGACGAGAUACUCGUAAUGUCCGGAGGUCGUGCUAAACGCUGUCUUCCAUUCAUCGCCCUCUCUAAUGCGCACCAAGUUAUAUGCGCUCCUGAGAUCCAAUUUUGUGAAGAACUGAGCACCGUGUAAUGACUCCGUCAUAGUCGCAAUCAGAGGGAGUGGAUAGCUGUACUUCACCGUAAUCUGAUUGAGACCGCGGUAAUCAAUACACGGGCGCAGACCUCCAUCUUUUUUCUUCACAAAAAAGAAGCUUGAGGAAGCGGGUGAAGUGGAGGCCCGUAUGUAUCCCUGUCUCAGAGACUCGGCGAUGUAAGUUUCCAUUGCCUUCCUCUCCUCUUGAGACAAGGGAUACACAUGGCUCCGCGGGAGGGCUGCUCCUGCUGAUUCCAUGGUGUGAUGUGUGAUUCUGUCAGAACGCUGAGUGUGGAUGUGUUGCAGGGAAUCAAGCGCAGGAACAAGGGUGUUCGUCAACAGACUUUAGUAAUCCAAAAUAGUAACUCCAAACAGGUGAAUAGCCAACCCAACCGGGAGGCAUGAACAAAUUACGCACACACACAACAGUGCGUAAAACAAGAAAAGGCGCUCGCAGUGUGGACUCUCGACACAAACAACACGAGAGAGAAAAACCAUCAACAGCAACAGCUGACAUAACAAUCACACAUAACACCUGCCCCAACACACGAUAACUAAAUAGGAAACAAAAUCAAACACUAACAAGGGACAGGUGUACAAACAGACAAAACCAAACAAACAUAAAACAUCGAACGGUGGCAGCUAGUACUCCGGGGACGACGACCGCCGAAGCCUGCCCGAACAAGGAGGAGGAGCAGCCUCGGCCGAAACCGUGACAUGAGUAGUAUUUUGAUGCAAUGCUACUGUCUGUAAUUUUUGCCUCAAUGUGUUUCAUGAUGUGUGACAACGUGUGCAAUGAUGUGCCCAAUCUGUGAUGUAGUGCAUUAUUAUUGAGUAAGCAUAAUAAGCUGCUUCUAUAGCCUAUUUGCAGCCAUAGGUUGUAAUAUCUCUCUAGGAGCUGAUUCGUCGUCAGUAUUGUGGAAUAAUUCUAAUGUUUUGGUAAGAUUUAAAUGGAGAAGGCUCAUCUGAGAGCAGCACUCCUUUUCUUUCGAUCCUAUCAGUAUCAAAGCAUGGUCUAAUGAAACACUUAGAGCGAACGUUCUCUCUACGUGCUUGUUUGGGAAACACUCUUAAAAAGUUGGCUCGUAAAUAACGAUGCAUCUUAAUGCUCAGGUUACGUUGCAACUGGGAAACGAGGCCCAGAGGGUGUUUUCUGUAAGGCUUCAGUCAUCAUCAGCUCUGUGUGUUUACUCCUCAGGGGGAGCAAGGGGACGACGGAGAGUUUGGCAUUAUCGGCAAAGCUGGAAACCACGGUAAAACAGGCGUACCAGGGCUUCCAGGCGAUCAGGGCUCCUUCGGACCGAAGGUGAGAGAGAAGAGAGAACGUGCUGCAAUGAACUAUAGAGACCCAUCAUGUUAGACAUUGUUUAAGGUGUUAAGAAAAAGGAAGAUGCACUUUGCUUGUUAUUCCAUUAAAACUGGUUUCUGUCCAUGUGUGUGUGUCACAGGGUGAGAGGGGUCUCCCAGGCCAAAUUGGACCUUCAGGGAAAAGAGGCCACAUUGGUGGAAUGGGGUUGCCAGGGAAACAAGGUGACCAGGGGUCCAAAGGACAGCCUGUGAGUAACAUAGCAAUAGUGCGGAGUCAGAGAAGAAGUUACUCAUUAUGUAGCCCUAUUCACUCUCUCUUGACAUCUACAUAGAAAAUUCUUGGUCACCAAAGUCGUUUGUCAAUGUUUGCAUCUGUAUCUCAAAGGCUAUUUGGUUGGUAAUGCGUAAUGACCAUAUACUUAUGGUAAUGACUAGAAUAUGUGAUGAUGGUGGUGAUGAUGAUGAUGAAGAUGUUUCCGUCUCUCUCCUCUCCUCAGGGUGACACAGGUGAAUCAGGGUACCCAGGGAUUCUCGGAAUGUUCGGACCAAAGGUACGCUACACUUCCCUCCGUUUUCAUCUCACACAUGAGUCACAUGAUCGAAUGAAACAAUUCAUUAAUCAUCUAUAAGGUUUCCCCCACAAUAAUUACCUUCUAAGCCGUAAACGUGGCCGGCCGUCACCUUAUGCACUUAAAGGCUUAAAACGUACACUGAGAAUAAAACUUUUAAGAUUUAUUGUGCAAAAGGAGCAAGAUAAAACAAUAAAACAGCUUGGCAUUAUCAGGUGCUAAAACAACAGCUCCCCUUUCAGACAUGGACUCUCUAGAACAUUCUGAACACACCUGUUUUAUGCUGUGGCUUGAGCAAUUAACUAAUUACAGUGUAUUCACACCCCUUGACCUUUUCCACAUUUUGUUGGGUUACAGCCUGAAUUUAAAAUGGAUUACAUUUAGAUUUGUUGUCACUGGCCUACACACAAUACCCCAUAAUGUCAAAGUGGAAUAAUGAUUUUCAAAAUUGUUACAAAUUCAUUACAAAUGAAAAGCUGAAAUGCCUUGAGUCAAUAAGUAUUCAACCCCUUUGUUAUGACAAGCCUAAAUAAGUUCAGGAGUAAACAUUUGCUUCACAAAUAAUCACAUAAUAGGUUGCAUGGACUCACCCUGUUUGCAAUAAUAGUGUUUAACAUGAUUUUUGAAUGACUACCUUAUCUCUGUACUCCACACAUACAAUUAUGUGUAAGCUUCCUCAGUCGAGCAGUGAAUUUCAAACACAGAGUCAACCACAAAGACCAGGGAGGUUUUUUAAUGGUUUACAAAGAAGCGCACCCAUGAUUCACCAAAUUAUAUUUUGAAGGAGGAAGCAAAGUACUUUAAGCAUAUGUUUCAUUUCAGUCGCCUCCAUCUCCUCUAACUGAAGCUAAUUGUAGGGAAUUUUUUGUAUUGAUAAUGUAAAAUUAACAGCCAUACAUAAAGACUCAUGUGAAGAUGAAAUUACAGAGGAGGAACUUCUGGAUGCAAUUAAAGACAUUAAGUCCGGGAAAAAUGCAGGGUUGGAUUGCAUACUGGUCGAGGUAUACCAAACCUUUUUUGAUAUACUCAGAGGGCUGUUAUUAGCAUGUUUUAACCACUCCUAUGUAAAUGGUAGAUUAUCAGACACUCAAGAAGAAGGUCUGAUUUCAUUAUUACUGAAACAGGAUACAAGUCUAGUUCAUCCUUGGGAGCAAUUUCCAAAUGCCUGAAGGUACCACGUUCAUCUAUACAAACAAUGUAUGCAAGUAUAAAUACCAUGGGACCACACAGCCGUCAUACCGCUCAGGAAGGAGGCGCGUUCUGUCUUUUAGAGAUGCAUGUACUUUGGUGCGAAAAGUGCAAAUCAAUCCCAGAACAACAGCAAAGGACCUUGUGAAGAUGCUGGAGGAAACAUGUACAAAAGUAUCUAUAUCCACAGUAAAACGAGUCCUAUAUCGACAUAACCUGAAAGGCUGCUCAGCAAGCCACUGCUCCAAAACCGCCAUAUAAAAGCCAGACUACGGUUUGCAACUGCACAUGGGGACAAAACCGUACUUUUUGGAGAAAUGUCCUCUGGUCUGAUGAAACAAAAAUAGAACUGUUUGGCCAUAAUGACCAUCGUUAUGUUUGGAGGAAAAAGGGUGUGGCUUGCAAGUCGAAGAACACCAUCCCAACCGUGAAGCACGGGGGUGGCAGCAUCAUGCUGUGGGGGUGCUUUGCUGCAGAAGGGACUGGCGCACUUCACAAAAUAGAUGGCAUCAUGAGGAAGGAAAAUGAUGUGGAUAUAUUGAAGCAACAUCUCAAGACAUCAGUCAGGAAGUUAAAGCUUGGUCGCAAAUGGGUCUUACAAAUGGACAAUGACCACAAGCAUACUUCCAAAGUUGUGGCAAAAUGGCUUAAGGACAACAAAGUCAAGGUAUUGGAGUGGCCAUCACAAAGCCCUGACCUCAAUCCAAUAGAAAAUGUGUGGGCAGAACUGAAAAAGCAUGUGCAUGCAAGGAGGCCUACAAACCUGACUCAGUUACACCAGCUCUGUCAUGAGGAAUGGGCCAAACUUUACCCAACUUAUUGUGGGAAGCUUGUGGAAGGCUACCCGAAACGUUUGACCCAAGUUAAACAAUUUAAAGGCAAUGCUACCAAAUACUAAUUGAGUGUAUGUAAACGUCUGACCCACUGGGAAUGUGAUGAAAGAUAUUAAAGCUGAAAUAAAUCAUUCUCUCUACUAUUAUUCUGACAUUUAACAUUCUUAAAAUAAAGUGGUGAUCCUAACUGACCUAAGACAGGGAAUUUUUACUAGGAGUAAAUGUCGGAAAUUGUGAAAAACUGAGUUUAAAUGUAUUUGGCUAAGGUGUAUGUAAACUUCCGACUUCAACUGGAGAUUGCAAAAUAGCUGGGAAGAGAUUUUUGAUGUACCGAUUCCAUGGCAUAGUGUUUAUGAACUGAUACGCAAAACGACACCGGAUUCAAAACUAUUUUUAAUAAUAUUUAAAUUAUUAUACAUCAUUCCUGCUACCAAUAGAAUGUUAUUUAUAUGGGGGAUGCAAGCUCUGCAGAUGUUGCUGCGAGGAGACAUAAUCAUUAGAUCAUUUGUUUUGGUACUGUCCAUUUGUAGCUUGUUUUUGGUCACAGGUCCAGGAAUGGCUGAAGGAUUGCAAUAUUUACCUGGAGCUAACCCUGCAGAUAGCACUAAUGGGUGAUCUGAAAAGUCAUAGUCAAUCGAUCAAUAAUAUAAUAAUACUUUUAGCAAAAAUGUUACAGUACAUUUGAAAAAUAUAUGGCAAUUAGAAAUCCAAUAUGGAUAGUGUUAGGAGAUAAAUGGGAGGUGUUGAAUGGAGCUGAAGGAUGGGACUAAUAACAAUUAACAAAAACGAAUAACAACAAGAUAACUAAUGUAAAGCAUACUGUGUCCAUAAUAAGUAUAUAGGUUAUAGGUUGAGAGCUUUUGUGAAAGAGCACAGUUAGAAAGAUAUGGCAUAUAGAAGCAAACCGGAUGGACAUCAUGAAAAUGAUCGGAGAGGUUGAGGGUGGAGGAGGUUCAGGAGUAAAAACGAGCAAGGUAGAAUUAUUGUGGGAUUGACUGUGUUCAUAAAAUGUAUAUAGUAUGUAUAAGCUGGAAGUAGAGGCCUAAGCAUUGUUGUUCACUAGUUUGCUCCAAUUAGGGAAAUGGUGGUGGGUUUGGAAAGUAAUAAAGGGAAUUAAUUUUUUUAAAUAAUAUGUAUAUAUAUAUAUAUAUAUGUAUAUUUAUUUACGGUUGAAGUCGGAAGUUUACAUAUACCUUAGCCAAAUACAUUUAAACUCUGUUUUUCACAAUUCCUGACAUUUAAUCCUAGUAAAAAUUCCCUGUCUUAGAUCAGUUACGAUCACCACUUAAUUUUAAGAAUGUGAAAUGUCAGAAUAAUAGUAGAGAGCUUUUAUUUCUUUCAUCACAUUCCCAGUGGGUCAGAAGUUUACGUACACUCAAUUAGUAUUUGGUAGCAUUGCCUUUAAAUUGUUUAACUUGGGUCAAACGUUUCGGGUAGCCUUCCACAAGCUUCCCACAAUAAGUUGGGUGAAUUUUGGCCCAUUCCUCCUGACAGCUGGUUUAACUGAGUCAGGCUUGUAGCCCUCCUUGCUCCCACAUGCUUUUUCAGUUCUGCCCACACAUUUUCUAUAGGAUUGAGGUCAGGGCUUUGUUUUGGCCACUCCAAUACCUUGACUUUGUUGUCCUUAAGCCAUUUUGCCACAACUUUGGAAGUAUGCUUGGGGUCAUUGUCCAUUUGGAAGACCCAUUUGCGACCAAGCUUUAACUUCCUGACUGAUGUCUUGAGAUGUUGCUUCAAUAUAUCCACAUCAUUUUCCUUCCUCAUGAUGCCAUCUAUUUUGUGAAGUGCACCAGUCCCUCCAGCAGCAAAGCACCCCCACAGCAUGAUUGUCACGCCCUGGCUCUGGGGACGCUUGUAUGUUGAGCCAGGGUGUGAGUGUUCUUUAUGUUGUUCUAGUUUUGUGUUUCUAGGGUAUAGUUCUUGUAUUGUGUUUCUAUGUUGGCCAGAGUGGUUCUCAAUCAGAGGCAACGAGUGUCAGCUGUUGCUGGUUGUCUCUGAUUGGGAACCAUAUUUAAACAGUCUGUUUUUCCACAGUGUUUGUGGGAUCUUGUUCCUGUUGUAGGUUUGUGGUUUGCACCUUUGGACGUCACGUAUCGUUUUGUUAUUUUGUUCGUGUAUCAAUAAUAAAAGCAUGUUCGCAAAUAACGCUGCGCAUUGGUCCUCUGUAUACGACGAUCGUGACAGAAGAUCCCACCAAAACUGGACCAAGCAGCGUGUCCAGGAGCCAUCGCCAGGGGAAUCGCUAGCGGAUCUCCGUGGCAACCUCGACUGGGUCAAGCCUAGUGAAGAGCAGAGAGGGUGGACUUGGGAGCAGUGGAGGAAGAGUCUCGACUGGGUCAAGCCAAGUGAAGACCAGAGAGGUUGGACUUUGGAGCAGUGGAGGAAGAGUCUGGCGAGAGAUAGGGAGGCUUGGUCCACGGGGAGGAGAGACACCCAGACAUUUUUUAGGGGGGGGCUCACGCCGUGGACGACGGGGCAGCAGGAGGCCGCGAUAGAGCGGUCCAGCGGGUUGGCAGAGGAGGCCGCCAGGUUAAGGGGGCCACUGGUCACAAAGGGGAAGGAAAGUGUAGAGGCACGGCGAGAGGUACUGGGGUGUGUUACCAGUCCGGUCCGGCCCGUUCCUGAUCCCCGCGUAGGGCCAGUGGCGUGUGUCCCCAGUACGGUCCGGCCUGUUCCUGUCCCUUGCACCGAGCCUGUGGUGCGCGUCGCCAGCCCAGUCCGGCCUGUUCCUGCUCCCCGCACCAAGCAUAUGGUGCACGUCGCCAGCCCGGCCUGGCCUGUUCCUGCUCCCCGCACCAAGCCUAUGGUGCGCGUCGCCAGCCCAGCCCGGCCCGGCCUGUUCCUGCUCCCCGCACCAAGCCUAUGGUGCGCGUCGCCAGCCCGGCCCGGCCUGUUCCUGCUCCCCGCACCAAGCCUAUGGUGCGCGUCGCCAUCCCGGCCCGGCCUGUUCCUGCUCCCCGCACCAAGCCUAUGGUGCGCGUCGCCAGCCCGGCCCAGCCUGUUCCUGCUCCCCGCACCAAGUCAGUGGUGCGCGUCGCCAGCCCGGCCCGGUCCAUUCCUUUUUUGAUCCAGAAAGAAUCCUGCAAUGGUGAAUGAAACACAACAAACACAUCUUGCUCUUGAAUAAAUACUUGCAUAAACAUUUAAAAUAGUUAAAUGUCUCUAGUGAUGGACCCUCUCCUUCUCAGUUGGCCAAACUAUAUAUAUGGUUCUGAUAAAACAACGGCAAAAAGCAUAACCCGUUUUCAGUGGUUAAUCAGAGAUUGGCUGGACAUUAUUAAAGAGCUUGAAAGGAAUUUAAAGCCUCAAAUGGUUUGGUAGCAUUUAUUGUUUUUGCUCUGAAAGGGAUAAAUCGGAAUUAAAGACUGCUGCAUUGGGACAGAAGAACGGUCCACAAGAAGUUUAACGCACCCACGCGUAAUGUCACUUAACACGCCAUAACUUUUGUUACUCUGCUACUCUGUAGUGAUGUUGCUCUGCAGGUGCUGGCCAGCUGAGAAAACAGAGACGUUAGCAGGCUUUACUGUACUUUUAGGCAGUCAUUUCGUGUGUCGUAUGACUGCCAGUGCUCCACUUGGAGAUUUUCCUACAGUGUUUCAGUUUGAUAUACAGUGUAUGCACAUUCACACAACACAGAGGAUGCUAAGCAGAUGAAAUGCCCAUAUAGUGUAACCUUCCACUCAUUUGGCCCAGACCGUCAUACUUCACAUUAAGUGUGCAUUAUCAAUAUGUAUGUUUGUCAAAACAUAUAUUUGUAUCCAACAAGUUCUCACAGUCUCACGUCAGAAUUAGAUGUUCAUCCAUGUUUCUCAAACAUCACAUUUCGAAGUUGUUCCAAAGGUCACAUUUCGAAGUGUUUAAGGUUAGGUUUAGGCAUUAACUCCGAAUGGUUAAGGUAAGGGUUAAGGUUUGGGAUAAGCUUAAAACAAAAAUAUCAAAAACAACGUUUCCGCAUCAUCUCCCGACAUCCUCAAACAUGGAUGGACGUCGAAUAUUGACUUGUAUAAUGAGUGACCUGGCUGUUGUAUCUCCAUAGGGACCUCCAGGAGAUCUGGGCCCAGCCGGGAUACAAGGACCAAAAGGGCCACAUGGAUUGAUGGUAUGAAGAGCUUAGAAAAAAUGUGUACAUUAUGAGCAGAGCCAGAGUUUUUACCUGACCAGGGAAAACUCUGGGCCGUAGUUGUAACUAUAAAGCCUGUUUUUUUCCCUGGUUAGGCCAGGUGAAAAAUGAUUAUCUGCCUAUUGUCACUGCCUUGUCAAACUGCCUGAUCAGAUAUCUACCUAUACUUCUACUUUAUCACCAUGGUUUUUCUCUCUCUCCAGGGUAAUGUUGGUGCCAUAGGCCCAGUUGGUAUCAUCGGCCCCAGUGGUAGUCCAGUAUGUACAUCAUCAUAUCUCAUACCCUCUGAUAUGCAAAACAUGUUAACCCUCUCUCUUAUUUGGCAAUGAUGGAGUGAUUUCCCCUCUUUCUUUUCUCUAUCUCCAUCAGGGACCCCAAGGUGACAAAGGGAGUCGAGGGGAGAUGGUGCGUGUCCAUAUCUUUGAUGAAUCCUAUCCCCUAUAGAAGAGGUUGUGUCUGAAAUGGCACUCUAUUCCCCAAAUAGUGGGUACCAUUUUGGACACAACCCAUGCUUAGCAUUGACCACAGGAAGGAUAGGGUGCUUAGUAUGGAGAGCACUCUACUUAGAGUGCAUUUAGCUUCGACGCCCAAAGGCCUUUUCAUUUCCCUUAGUGCUCCUCUGUUAUGGAAUAAUUUCAGAGUGAAGGAUCACUGCCAGGCUGCUGUUUGAUGCUGCUUUUGCUUCUCCUGGUAAAGGAGUUUAAAUGACGAAAUUCAUUAUAUUGAUAGGUCAAGACCAGUCCCCAGUUGAAGUAUUAUUGUCUGUUGUUUCUUUUCACAAACAGGGGGUGCAAGGACCAAGGGGCCCUCCUGGUCCUCGUGGACUGCCUGGGUCCCCAGUAAGUCCUCUGUGUUAUUUAUGUAACUCUGUGGCAGUGUUAUCCUAAUUGUAUUAUUCAUUAUUUUGUACACUGUACUAUGACUGUACCAUGCAUUAAACCCCUCCUUUCUAUUUCCUUUGGUUUCUAGGGUCUCCCUGGUUCUCUGACAUUUGUAAGUCUGCUUUACCCUUACGUUAAAGCUUGACUGUCUCAGGAAGGAUGAAGAGGAUGGGUGAAAGUAGGUGUUCCAGGGUGGUCUUACUGUGUCAUUGUGUCUUCUUUUCCAGAGAAAGGAGGCUAUUGGAGCUGCUUUCCAAGUCAUUAUUGAUUCCCAUACUGCACUGAGGUCAGAGGUGAGUUCUUUGUGAGAUGAUCCCUUGGGAAUUCAUCAAUGUGGCCAGAGGACAAUUGAUCAAUGUGGCCAGAGGAUAAUUGUGUGUGUUUAUGUUAGUGUGUCAAAUGUGGUGCACAUCAAACAUGGUGCCCGUUAUAUGGAGUUCGAUGUACAAAACUGAAGUAAGCCUCUUACAAAUCAAUGAUUAUGGGCUACUGUAGGCUCCCCAUAUGUUGACUUUGUCUUCAUACAUUUUAGCACAUUAUCAUGUCUGCCUAUACAGUGGCAGUUUGGUUGGUGCUUAGUGUGACCGUUGUCCUCGUUCCAUUCUAGAGUUACCAUGACAUGGACCUGCCCAUGUUGGACCACCAGGGUACAGAGAUCUUCAAGACCCUCCACUACCUCAGCACACUGAUCCAGAGCCUGAAGAACCCGCUAGGCACCCACGACAACCCCGCACGCGUCUGCCGAGACCUCAAGGACUGUGAACAGAGGAUGAACGAUGGUAAAGAAGUUGGAACUAAUGUCGUCUGAAUGACAGGAAAAGCUGUGACACUAUUUCCACAGAAAAAUAUAAGGUUCAUUUAUUCAGUUACUAGGUCCUAGGGCCAAUAGUUUAGCCUGCACGUGCCUUUACAAGGAAAAACUCUGGGCUUGUAUGUGCUAUAACUACGGCCUAAACAAUAAGUCUAUACACCUGACGAAGCUAGUGACGCCUCUUCCAAAAGCACUACAUCCUUGCCAUAGCCCCUCAGCACUUAGCUGUCAAUAUGUGUCCACUCUGGUGAAAUUACACUACUCCUGUAUCCAAACUCCCUUUUCACUCAGUUUCUUUUCCAUCCCUAAAGGCACUUACUGGAUCGACCCAAACCUCGGCUGCUCGGCUGACACAAUCGAAGUGACGUGUAACUUCAGCAGCGGCGGCCAGACCUGUCUGAAACCCAUCACAGUAUCCAAGGUCAGCAUCAACUUCUAUUUCUCUCAUUAUCUGGCUCAUUUGAAUUUCCUGUCUUUUGUGGCUUUUUGACAAGCCCUAACCUUCAACCUCAAAUAGGAUUUUGGGGGAUUUAGUAAUCUGGGCACCUAGAACCAGAUCUUGCAUGCCUGCUGGUGUUUCGUCUGUCACAAGAGACUAGGGAUGGAAUUGUAACGGUAGUUGAUGUUUGUCUCUGUCUGCAGCUGGAGAUUGGUGUAGGUCGCAUCCAAAUGAACUUCCUCCACCUCCUGAGCUCUGAGGCGGUGCAACACGUCACCAUCCACUGCCUGAACGUCCCUGUGUGGGCCAACAGCUCCUCCCUGGAGCCCUCCCCCACCGCUGUGAGCUUCAAGGCCUGGAGCGGAGACAUGAUCCAGGCUGGAGGACUCUUAGAGCCCCACAUAGUGAGAGAUGACUGCUGGGUAUGUUGACCAGUUAUAGAUGGUUCUGCAACAUUUUGCAUAAAUGUGCCAUUAUACCAUGUAAUAAGGAUACUAUAUUAUUACUUAUCUAACCAGAAUGUAAUUACCCAGUUGUACAGUGCCUUCAGAAAUUAUUCAUACCCUUUGACUUAUUCCACAUUUGGUUGUCGGCAGGUAGCUUAGUGGGUAAGAGCGUUGUGCCAGUAACCGAAAGGUCGCUGGUUCUAAUCCCCGAGCCGACUAGGUGAAAAAUCUGUCGAUGUGCCCUUAAGCAAGGCACUUAACCCUAAUUGCUCCUGUAAGUCGCUCUGGAUAAGAGCGUCUGCUAAAUGACUAAAAUGUAAAUGUAAAAAUGUUGUGUUACCAGCCUGAAUUCAAAAUAUAUUUUUUUCUCACCCAUCUACACACAAUACCCCAUAAUGACAAAGUGAAAAAAUGUUUUUAUCAAUUUUUGCAAAUGUAUUGAAAAUAUCUAAUAAUAUAGAAGUAUUCACAUUCCUGAGUCAAUACUUGUAGAAUCAGCUUUGGCACCAAUUACAGCUGUGAGUAUUUCUGGGUAAGUCUCUAAGAGCUUUCCACACCUGGAUUGUGCCACAUUUGCCCAUUAUUAUUUCCAAAUUCUUUAAGCUCUAUCAAAUUGGUUGUUGAUCAUUAUUAGACACCCAUUUUCAGGUCUUCAAGUAGAUUGUAGUCAAAACUGUAACUCGGCCACUCAGGAACAUUCACUGUCUUCUUGGUAAGCAACUCCAGUGUAGAUUUGGCCUUGUGUUUUAGGUUAUUGUCCUGCUGAAAGGUGAAUUCAUCUCUCAGUGUCUGGUGGAAAGCAGACUGAACCAGGUUUUCCUCUAGGAUUUUGCCUGUGCUUAGCUCUAUUCCGUUUAUUUAUUUUUCUGAAAAACUCCCCAGUCCUUAACGAUUACAAGCGUACCCGUAACAUGAUACAGCCAUCACUAUGCUUGAAAAUAUGGAGAGUGGUACUCAAUAAUGUGUUGUAUUGGACAUGCUCAAAACAUAACACUUUGUAUUCAGGACAAAAAGUUAAUUGCUUUGCCAUAUUUUUUACAGUAUUACUUUAGUGCCUUGUUGCAAACAGGAUGUAUGUUUUGGAAUAUUUGUAUUCUGUCAGGCUUCCUUCUUUUCACUCUGUCAAUUACAUUAGUAUUGUGGAGUAUCUACAAUGUUGUUGAUCCAUCCUCAGUUUUCUCCUAUCACAGCCAUUAAACUUGAUAACUGUUUAAAGUCACCAUUGGCCUCAUAGUGAAAUCCCUGAGUGGUUUCCUUCCUCUCCGGCAACUGAGUUAGGAAGGACGCCUGUAUCAUUUCUGUGACUGGCUGUAUUGAUACACCAUCCAAAAUUUAACGAAUAACUUCACCGCGCUCAAAGGGAUAUUCAAUGUCUGUUUUUUUCCCUUCUUUCUGAGGCAUUGGAAAACCUCUGUGGUCUUUGUGGUUGAAUCUGUGUUUGAAAUUCACUGCUCGAAUGAGGGACCUUACAGAUAAUUCUGUGCGUGAGGUACAGAGAUGAGGUAGUCAUUCAAAAAUCAUGUUAAACACUAUUAUUGCACACAGAGUGAGUCUGUACAUACUAAUUAAUGUGACUUGUUAAGCACUUAUUGACUCAAGACAUUUCAGCUUUUCAUUUUUUAUUAAUUUGUAAAAAUGUCAAAAAACAUAAUUUCACUUUGACAUUAUGGGGUAUUGUGUGUUGGCCAGUGACAAAACUCUGAAUUAAAUCCAUUUUAAAUUCAGGCUGUAACAACACAAUUCAGAAAAAGUCAAGGGGUGCGACUGUGAAUACAUUCUCUAGGCACUGUAUAUCAUAUCAAUCUGCAAAUAGUGCAAAGCAUGACGAAAUACUGUUCAGUCUCUGCAUUUUAUGUUAUGCACUCCGUGCUCCAAUAUUCAAACUGUUUUGUUCUCUUAUUUCCACAUCUCACAAAGAUUUUCUAACCAGCUGAACUUGCUUGUCUUUCAGAUCAAAGAUGGCCGCUGGCACCAGACCCAUUUCAUCUUCCAGACCCAGGACCCCAACUUACUCCCUAUCCUGGACGUGUAUAACCUACCAGCCACAGAGCCUGGCUCGCACUACCACCUAGAGGUGGGCCCUGUGUGCUUCUUAUAG